CAGCUUUAAAAACCAGACAACAGCUGAGUUCGAAGCACAAGCUCAGCAGCAGACAAGCAGAAGCUUUGGACUGUGGAUUGGUGUGACAAGACCGGAGUCUGAUUUAUAGGAAACAAGGCAUUUUAAAGUUAUAAUUUCCUUUGAAAUUUUGAUACAGUCUUUUCUAUUUCCUUCGAUAAUUUCAGGAUGAAUAUUCAGCCUUGUGCCAGAUGUGGCUAUGGGGUUUAUCCCGCAGAGAAGAUUAACUGUAUUGAUCAGGUCAGUAGAUGCUGUUAUUCUUCACCAUUAUGGAAAAAAAAAUCUUACAUAAAUAACCCACUAAUAUGCUUUCAGAUAGACAACCUGCAUCUCCUUUAAUUUAACUUGGUAGAAAAUAUUCUACGCUUUCAUAAUCUUAAUUCAUAUCGGGUAAGUUGGAUGUCAGAACUGAACUUUGCCAAGGGUGUAAUUUGGCGAAACAUUUUACAUCUUUUAAAGGUUACACGCGGGAAAUUGAUCUUUGGCAUAUGCUUUUUCAGACUGUGAGAAGAGUUGUUUAUUAGACUGCCAAGAAUAAUCAGUUAUACGUUUUUAAAACAGACUAAUAAAAUCUGAAACACAAGCAACUUUCACUGUAUUUUUAUCCUUGCUAUUUCUAGACAUGGCACAAAGCCUGCUUUCACUGCGAGGUCUGCAAGAUGAUGCUUACCGUGAAUAACUUUGUUAGCCACCAGAAAAUGCCUUACUGUCAAGCGUAAGUUUUUCUCCAGAUAUAUAGCAAGGCAACAUUAUGCCUAUAUUAUCCAUCAACAGGUUCAGUCUGGAUCAAAUUCUGAUACUAUGGAAGUCAUUUUUAGAUUAUCAGUCCACCCCAUAGAUUAGCUUGCUUUAUUCUCAGUGUUUUUACUCUGAAAAACUGUAGGAAACUCCUGAGGUGUAGUCAUAUUACUUUAACACAGUGAACAACCAAAAAGAAAAGAAAAGUCCUGAAAACAGGAUUAUGGCACCUUAACAUAUUGUGAGAAAAACUUUUAUGGAUCAGAGCUGAGUAAAUUUAACUGGUGUAGAAGCAUACUUUGGUACAGAUUAUUAUAUUAUUUUUAAAUCCAAGGAACUCAAUGUAGAGAUUGCUUAGGUCAAGAGCCCAACUAGAUGUGAUGAGGCCUAUCUAUUGAGUUAAUGGUUAAGAGUAUCUCUCAUUGUUAGAUAUCUAUAUCUCUUUCUCCAUGUCAGCCCCUUUCCACCAUGUCAUAUACCCAAUAAAAUUGCCCCCAUCUUGAAGUUGCUAUGUGCUCAGUGGAGGGGAAAUAUUCCAGUACCUGAACUGUAUCUGUGUCCCCCGCCCCCCCGGCAUGGUAAGUUAAGUAGCAACUUCUUGGGCUCAUUUUCAUGAGGAAAAUAAUACAGGCAACAGCAUUUACGCACAUCCACAUAGUGUCACAGUUCCAAAAUUAAUCAGACCCUCCCAAUGACUGCUACACACUUUUUUAAAUCCAAAGGAGAAAAAAUAACCAUAGAUUUCCUACAUCACAUUAAAUUGCUGUCUAAAAGAAAGUGACUUGUUCAAGGCCAUGUUUUGAGUCCCGUAGCUGGAGCGGGAUUUAGUAAAAAACAACUAUGAUCUAGUCAAUACACAACAGCAUCUCUGGGAUGAUUAAAUGCACAUUGAAACAUUGGUAGUCAUUUGCAGUUGUAAAAGUGUAGCCUGUGUGCAGUGCAAUAUACAGUCAUACCUUGGGUUAAAGUAGCUUAGGGUUGAGCGUUUUCAGCUUGCGCUACACGGCGACUAGGAAGUAACGGAAAACGUUACUUCCGGGUUUUGCCGCUCGCGCAUGUGUAGACGCUCAAAAUGACGUCACGCGCAUGCAUAGAUGCAGAGAAUCGCGACCUGCAGAUGCGGGUUGCGUUCGCUUCAGGAUGUGAACGGGGCUCCGGAACGGAUCCCGUUCGCAUCCAGAGGUACCACUGUAUUGGCUUCAAUGUAUCUUGGUGCUUGAUGGAUAGUGGUGUUAUAUAAUUUAGUCACUAGGUGGCAUUGGACAUACAAUAGCUAUAUAUGGGUGAUAUCAGCAGUCUUCAUUCUGCUCUUGUUUGAGAGAUAUAAAUAAAAAUUUUGUCCAGCUUCCUGAUAUGCACUGUAUACCUUACAUGGCACCAGGUACUAAUGAAAAACAGUUUAUGAGGCUUGCUUGUCAGGGUGCAAUAAAAUCUCAUUGUGAAUUGCAAAAAGCUUUCAGUGUGUGAUGGAGCACUCACACAGCCAUUAUAUUAUGAAAUCAGAGUUGGCACAAUGAUGCUCAGUUUAUCUGGUGGUAGGCAUCUGGGAUCAAUGGACAGUCCACAAGACAGUUGUAAAUACUUUUCUUUUAAAGGGGGGCUAAUUUUAUGUAGCAACUUUAUUGAAGACUAAUUGACCCCAAGGUUCCUUAGUCAAAAUCUUUAUAAUGUGCAGCACUGAUUAUGAAAAGGACCAUGUGGUGUAAUAGAAAAAAAGAAAAAGAAAUUCUCCUUAAACUUGGAUCAUUUUAUGCCCUCUUGAUUUUUUUAUUUGAAAGAUCAAAUAUUCAUAACCUGAAAUUUGGUUACUGCAUUUUGACCUUUGUUACAUAUGAUGAUAAUUUAAUAUGUGUGGUUGUUAGAGCUGAAAGAUAAGUAAAAUACGGUGUUUUCAACUUGCAAGUCAAUAUGUUCAGUUUUUCUCAGAUGUUCUGAAAUGAAGUGGCUUCUGUUUUUGGGGUUCUUUUAUUCUGCAAUUUCCUUUUGUUAUUAGAAAAGCAACAUUAAUAGAGUUAAAUUUGUUAACUUAAAUAGAGUUAUUAAAUAGAGUUAAAAGAUGUAGAUAACUGCAAAAUUAAACUUUGUAUGUUAGAUGCUAGUUGUAUUUUAGCAAUCAGUUCUUUGCUUUAAGAGAUGUACAUACAUAUAAGAAGUAUUUGGUUUUUUGAGGGACAUUGAUUAUUUCUUUCCAAAUUGUAUCGGCUUUCUUUUACAGACAUAAUCCAAAAAACAACACAUUCACAAGUGUUUUUGAGACACCAGUAAAUAUAAAUGUGAAAAAACAGACUGAAGCAGUAAGCGAGGUAAGAUACUUUAGGAAUUAAUGUGUUUAAUAUUUGUCAGUCAUAUCAGCAUAGCCACCCAUAUUCAUUUUAGGGUGAUGAUAGAUGGACCAAACCCUUCAUCCUCCUUUUUUCAUAUCUGUAUGCAGUUUCCCACCUCUGCUGCUAGUAAUGGUUCCUAUACUCAUCAUAUGGGUGAUUCUAGCCAAUCAGAUAUCUGGCCAUCAAAAAUGAAUCUAACUAUCAAAUGAAUUCAGAAUGAAUUGGAGGGUAUUUCAGUGCCAAUGAAGUUGUUUACAAUGUGGGUCCCUUUCUUGGAUCAUCCUAUUUCCUUCUGAAGGUUGUAACAGAAGAUAGAACCUGUGUUAGCCAAAUCUCAGUUAACUAAACCCCAUGUGGAAGCCACACAAGGGCAAACUGGGACUGCUGUCAGGCUUGACCUUGACACAAUGGUAUGAAUUCUGCAUCAAUUCAAACACCAGGUUAGAGUUGAAGGAAUGGGCUUGUACUAGACUGCACAGGGUUCUCUUGUGGACUUACAUUGUAAAGGCAGAGGGGAAAAAAAUACAUUAGCAGCCUGAUUCUUCUUCUUCUUCAUCAUCAUCAUCAUCAUAAAUAAAUCUUUAUUGUCACUACACCACCUGUGUGCAGUGAAAUUAAACAAGCCCCCCCCCUACAUUCAGUCUUGUUCGCGCUCUGUGUGCUUGUCGGAAGUCAAUUGCACCACUAUUUUUUUCCAUUCAGCAGCCCAACAGCCCACGGAUAAAAACUGUUCUUUAACUUCUUGGUGCGGCUGACUAUACUUCUGUAUCUCCUGCCUGAAGGUAGGAGAUUAAAGAGGUGCUGGCCAGGGUGUGAGUCGUCCCUGAGAAUUUUCCUCGCUCUCCUGAGGUAGCGGUCUCCUGCGAUGUCAUAGCGCAGGAGGACUCUGAGGACAGCCCAUGAUGUCAUGUGCUGUAUUCACCACCCUCAGUAGGGACUUCCUGUCCGUGGCUGUCAAACCAGCGUGCCAUUCAUAGAAUUGUAGAGCCAUCUAGUCCAGCCCCUUCAGUGCAGGAAUCUCAACUAGCACAUCCAUGACAGAUGGCCAUUCAACCUCUGCUUAAAAACCUCUAAUGAAAGAGACUCCAUCACCUUCCAAGGGAGUCCAUUCCAAUUCAAAUAGUACCACUGCUGUUGCAAUGUAUGUACAAAGCAGUUGCAUAACCAAGUGUUAGCAUUUCAGUGCUAAGGACAAUUCCACGCACUCAGUGAGGCUGUACAUUCAGAGCUGCCCCCAACAUUGUAGUGACUAGGGACAUUGACAUAUGUUUUGUCCACCCAAGACCCUUCAAGUGUAAGGAACUGCAGAACUGAAUGAUUAUGCUUAUGACACAAUGCGAAAACUCCAAGUUUUAAUGUCUGUGCAUUUUAAAAACCUGGUUAUACUCACAAAGUGCGUAUCUGAAGGAGCCCUACUUAAAUAAGAACUGCAGAACAUCUUAGUGGUUCCUUCAGCCAUUGAAAAUCUACAUUCUUCCUCACCAAAAAAUUGCUAGGGAUGCUGAUCUAAGGUGUGGAAAGUAUGCCGGGUUCAGUCAGUUAGAAGAGUUCGUGCACACGGUUUCUGCCGCUUUGUUUCACGGUCCCAUGUCAUCCUUUGAAAUUUCAUUUCAAAUGAACCAGGAAACUCAAAGGAAAACUCUGCUGAAACUGUCAAGUCUUUGACACCAAAUCAAAAAGUGUCUGCAGAUUCAUUAGAAUCUGAACCUAGGUUUGCUAAACACACACACACAAAGACUUUUCAAACCUCUGAUGAACCUGGCACUUGGAUCUGAGUUUUUAACAAAAUUGUAAAGUCGAGUGAGUUUUACAUGGUUGCAUUGGGUAAACUUGGUGAAAUGUCAGGGGGCUGCUAGCUGUAGGAAAUCUGAAAUCCUUCUGUGCUUUCAUAUAUUUUUUUAAAAAAAAACCUGCCUUCCGAGUUACAGCUCUUCCAAAUUUCUAGAUUUAAAUUUUUAUAUCUUGCCCCAGUUUUCACAGUAGAAAGAGCUGAUGCCUAGAACAAUUUUAUGCAUGCUUACUCAGAAGUAAAGCCCUCUGCAUUCAUUUGGGUUUACUUCCAGGUAAGUGUGCAUAGGAUUGCAGUCUGAAUAUAUGAUAAGAAUAGGAUAAGGAUAUGACACACACACACGCUUUUGUUUCCUCUGAAGUAUCGGGAAUAUUGUUGUCACAACUUUAACAGCCUCAUUCUAUAUUGUGCUUUUCCAAGAUAAUUCUUGAAAAAUUCUUACAUAUUUAAAACACACAUGCAGGAUUUGCAAUAUCUCUCACUAAAGCUAUAACAACAGCAACAAAUACAUUUCCUUCUAAACUGUGCAUGACAGAUUUGCUCUGGAAUGUGUUUGGGAUUAACAACAAUUUCUAUUUCUGUUUGAUGGCUGUGAUAAGAGAUCCAGUUACUUCAGUAUAUCUGUGUGUGAGUGCUAGAUCACUUUCCUUUUCUUUUGUCACUUAAGAAACACUUCUCCUUUCAAUCACAAAAGGAAGUUUGAGGUUCAUAGAGUGGUUUAUAAGACUCAAUUUUCAUGUUAAUAUUUUGUACACAGUAAAUUCAUAUUGGCAAACUGACUAAGAUACCAAGAGAAGCCAAUACAUACCCAGUUUCCUGUACUGGGAUCAAAAGACAGUACUUUCUACUUUAGGUAUAUAUUUUUAUACAAAUGUCUGCAUACCAAAAUAAUGGGAUUGUCUUUUUCAUUUGGUAGUAUUGCCAUUUGUAUCCGUUCAAGCACGUGAGACCAUGUCUUAUUUCAGAAUCUUCCCCCUCCCCAACACCUGUUGCCUUAUCUUUCUGCUGUAUCAAGUGACUUCAGCUCUAACCCAGUCAUUUUGGUAGUUCAGGCAGAAGUGGAGAAAAUUAUACCAAAAAACAAAAUUCUGAGGCUGGUUAUUCAAAAAUGAAUAUCUGCAACAGAUUUUUCCUUUUGAAAUUCAGAAUAUACAGUGGUACUCGGGUUACAUACGCUUCAGGUUACAUAUGCUUCAGGUUACAGACUCUGCUAACCCAGAAAUAGUACAUCGGGUUAAGAACUUUGCUUCAGGAUGAGAACAGAAAUCAUGCUCCAGCGGUGCGGCUCGGCAGCAGCGGGAGACCUCAUUAGCUAAAGUGGUGCUUCAGGUUAAGAACAGUUUCAGGUUAAGAACAGACCUCUGGAACGAAUUAAGUACUUAACCCGAGGUACCACUGUAUAGGGAACAGAUUGAAGAGGAAGCCUAUCUUUCUUUAAUAUUGGAUAUGAAGGCUGGCAUAUAAUCCACUGAAACAGGUUUCAAAAUAACAUUUUGGGCCUGUCUAUGCAGAUUAAGUACCGAGAAGAGGGUGAGAAGUUAAAAUCUGUUUUUCACUGGAAUGUGAAAUCCGGAGACAUGGAGGCUGCGAGGAAGAUGCAGCAGCUAAGCAGUCAGGUAGGAGACCCCUAUCAAUAACUUACUUGCUAGUGAACAUUCAGCAGAUGCUCUGCUAUCCUCCAGGCUCCUAGGUUGCGCCAUUUACAAAACUGCAAUUUUAUGCCUUUAACAUUCUGUAUUACUGUAAUACAAAUGACCCCUUUAUGUUUUCAUUUGGUUUGGAAGCCAUUUUCAAAAUAUGUCUCCAAUUAUUCUGACUAUUGCCAUUGGAAUGCUGUGACCUGGAUCCCAGACACUCUUUGGGUGUAAGCCUCAUCUGGUUCUGUGAAAACGGCGCCAGGAGAAUGCUUCAUAGAUCAGGCAGUACAUGUCUUUGGCUAAGAUACUGGUAGCUUGAUCUGAAGAUUUAUGAUGCCUUCAUGCAAAUACUUAGGAUGAUGUAUUAUGCAAUUUACUUGCAUUUUUUUUAAUCCCAUACGGUUUUCAUUGUUAAUUAGCUAGAUAUUUGCAAUUCUGUUUAAAAAGAAAGAAAGAAAACAAUUAAGGGGGAGGGGAAGGAAAGCCCCAGGUCAGCAAAAAGUUGUGCUAGUUGCAGUCUGUGUUUCAUAGCACCACUACUUCCAGAACCCCACUACUUCCUCCCCUCUUCCUCCUUAUAUUAUAUCUGUAACAGCUCAAGAGAAUUGGAUGUGGUUAGAGGAAGAUGCUUUUUCCUACUCUUGCCUGGGGCCUUCCCUUUGCGUAACCUUCCUUCGGAUCACUCAUAAUUUCAAGAAGUUUAUAGGAAAGGGCUGCCAACUAAAGUGCCUUGAGAGGUUCCUGACCUCCCCCCCCCAAAAAAAAAUAGCACUGGCAGUGGAGUUCUUCAAGCUGUGCCUACUCACUUUCAGAAAAGUAUAGAUUAUACUACCUUGUAAUUAUAGUAUGUUGCAAUUAUGGGCAAACACACCAGGCACAUAGGAUUAGGAUCUUGUCCUCUCUAGAUGUGAUGAAAUAAAAUUAACUGGAAUGUCAGUUCAACUGAAAUGAAAAAGGCUCACUGUGCUCAGAACUAAGGUGCCAGAAUUUCAUGUGCAGCUUAUGGGUGCAAAGGUCCAGGGAAUUGCUGGGAACUUUUCCCAUGCAGCCACCAGCUUUAGAAAAGUAGAAAGAGAAUCUGCAUGGUUUGGGGCAGGAGCCACCUAAGAAAGGAAUGUGGUCACAGCCAGCCACAUAUUAAUAGAUUACAUCCUGUCAAGAGUCUAAUCCCCUGAUCUUUAGAGAUGGAGUCAAAAGUGUUUACCACUGUGCCUGUUCCUCAUUUUAUGAUGUAUUCUGUUUUUAGAAAGCCUACCGUGCUGCGUAUGAAGAAGGCAAAUCAUGGUACUCAGAAACCAUCCCAGAUGCGGAAAUGCUUAGGAUAGCUCAAGAACAGGACAAUGAUGUAAGCGAACCUCCAAUUUAUGACAGCUUUAUUUGUGAGUUAAAUAUAUCAAGGAGAGACCAUCCACAUGGACUUGCAUCAUUAGAUGAGUGAACUUAAGGGAAUUCAUGGCAGAAAAGUUCCCCCUCUUCUCCUACCUCAGAGGAAUUAGUUUGACGAACAAAGUUUAAACACACCUUUAUCUCUCUGUUGUAGUUGAAAUAUACUGAGGAAUAUGAGCAGCAGAAGGGAAAGGGCAGCUUUCCUGCUCUGAUCACUCCAGCUUAUCAAAUAGCCAAGAAGGCCUCUCAGCUAUCCAGUAACGUAAGUUCCUGGGGCAUGUAUUUUUGAGGGAGGGCAAAGAGAUUGUAGCAUAGGGGGGCAAUAUUCAUAGCAAGAGUCAAAGGUCUAAAUUUGAUAUAUGAUUAAAUUGCCGAAAAGAAAAGAAAAAGAAUGUGGACCAUAUCCAGUGUUCUCAGUCUGCCAGCAUAAGAGCCCUUGCACUAGUAGACGGCAGCGGGCAAAAGUUGUGCUAGCAAAAACUUGUACAGCAGCUGAUUUGUCUUGUGCAAUCGGUUUCACAAAAAUCUUUGAUAAUGUACUUGUGCUUUCCCUUUCACUUGGCUUUAGUGCUAUGUUUGAUACAACCCACCCGUUUGAGUACAUGUUGUGAUUACUUUUUAAAUACUUCAUAACCUGAGAUAUCAACGAUUUGGAGGCAUGAUUACACGGGGUUUGAAAAACAGGAGUAUUUCUUCUCCCCUACCUAAAUGACACCCUGCCCUCUUCAGUUCAGCUGUGUUUAAUAGUCUUUAUUGGCUGGUGUUUUUACUACCUGCCCGCUUUCUUUGUAGGGUAUAACAUCCGCAACGAUCUAGAAAUCUAUUUUAAUUAACAAUAUGCAUAUCAUUUAUGAUAAGAGAGAAACAGGAAGCCCAGAAAAGAUUCACCUUGAAGAUCACGAAGCAAAAUUCUCUAGUUGUUAUUCCAAGAAUUAUGUAUAAUGCUUCAACAGAGAUUGAAAAUGAAAGCAUGGGAGAUUGUUAUUGAUUAGGCACGCUGGGCUUGUGUUCAAGAAAGCAUUUUCAUCCAAAUAAAAAUUUCAGCAUUUCCAUUUAGUUUAGUCAUUUAACAGACUUCUAGAUUGAGCUCUUUAAUGCAUUUACUCCUCCGCUGCCAUUUACUUGUUAUGAAAUAAACAUCUUUGGCAACUGAUGGGCUUGGGGUGAAUUAAACUGGAGCACAACAUUUUGACAAAUAAGGCCAGAAUGUGUUGUUAUUCCAGCCUCUUUUCAUCAAUAAGAAACUGCCGUUUCAUUUGCAUUUGCAACCAAGGAAUUUAAAUUCAGGGCCAAAUAUUGGAAACACUUAUAUUAGCAAAUCCAAAGAUCAUCUAUUUUUACUGUCAUUUGAUGCUUGAUUGUAAGAGAUAGGAUGGCAGUUCUUCAUAGUUUUCAAAGGUUCUUUGACUCUGCUUCUCCACAAUAGGUGGAAUAUAAACGAGGGCAUGAAGACCGGGUUUCCAAAUUCACCAGUGUUGCGGAUACUCCAGAUGUAAUUCAUGCAAAGGCUGGGGGGCAGCUUGCGAGUGAUGUAAGUAGAACAGAAGAGCAGACCAAGUAGAUAGACUUUCUGCUUGUUUAUAGCUGUAUGAUUAAAACUCUCCCGAUUUUUCCAGUUAAAAUACACAGAAGAGUAUGAACAACACAGCGGGAAAGGGAGCUUCCCUGCGAUGAUCACUCCGGCUUACCAGAUAGCUAAAAGAGCCAAUGAAUUAGCUAGUGACGUAAGUUUCAAAAGUGCGAUCUAUAAGUUGUCACAUAUUGGAGAAAAAUCUGUACUUGGUCUUCCAAAAUUAUGGCCACUUUCCUGUUGUGAGAAAAAUCCUGACAUUGCUAGGUCAGCCAAUCUCCACUGUUAAGGAGUGGAGACUUCUGUAUUUUAGCAUCAUUGCAUUGUCCAAACUUACUUUGAAAAUAAGUGUCUGCUAAUGAAACAAAGGAUAGACUGAAGUUUGAAGGAAAUAUGCUGAUCUUAGGAUGCUGGUUACUUCCCCGCUCUGUGGUGCUCCAAAGUUGGAGCAGUGGCUUUUGGCUGUUGGUUGGAGCGUUUGUUCUGUGCUCAAACUGUAUACUACAAAAUGCCAUAAACCUCCAGUGACCUCCUUCUCAAGAAAUCAGCCUUGGCAAAACUUCUCAUUAUUUGGAAAAGUUGGGUGAGCACAACCCUUUUAUACAACAUGAUGGUUUGGCAUUGUUCCCCUGCCCGCUUCUUAAAGAUGGAUCUUUCACUUUGCCUUUCUACUGUAUGCCCCUUUGAGCAAUUUGUAUGGAAAAUGAGCUCCGUGGGCUUUAAAAGCAAACAAAUGCAAUUUGUUUAGGUUGUAAGAUCAGCAGAAUAAACACAUCCUUUUCACCUCCAUUGCUUUCUCAGGUGAAGUAUCAUCAAAGAUAUGAAAAGGAGAUGAAAGGAAAAGCAAGUCAUUCUGUUGGUGCCUCAAACGAAAAUGUGAAUCAGUUUAGUCAGGUAAGGCGCAAUGCAAAUGUAUUCACAUCUAUAUAUAUUAAUUCAUGCAUAUUGGUGUGACUCUCUUCACAUCUAUGUAAGGAUACUGAUCUCAAGGCUUUGGUGGCUUGCUGUUAUGCAGCCAUAGCCAUACCAACCACGCAGAAGUAUUAGGUAGCAGUAGACUCGGAAGAGUAAUAAGGUUUGUAAAAGAACAAAAAUAUUAAUUGGGGGGCAGCCUUAGGAAGCCCCCCCAAAAGCAUCCCACAGAAUGCUGACUGGACAUUGAGAGGCAUAAAACAAAAAACUCACUUGGAAAUUGAAUGAGAUGGCUUGAAAAGGAGACUGGAUGAAGAGACAAAUCAGUCACAUCCACAUCAUAUAUUUAAAGCAUAUGGCUCUCCCCAAAAACAAAUUCUGGGAACUGUAGUUUACUCCUAACAAAAGUACACUUCCCAGUAUCCAUAAAAAACUACAGUUCCCAGGAUUCUUGGGAAGAAGCCACACGUUUAAAAUGUGUGUCAGGUGUGCUUUAAAUGUAUGGUGUGGGUUGUGUUAUAAAAUAUGGAAACUGUGAAGUAUGCCUGCUUGUUAGGAAGACUGUUGGUAAGACAGAAGUGUACCAAAAUGAAUAACUUAAAGAUAAGUAAGUGAUAACUAUUGGAUGUUCUUCAGGAUUAUAUGGAUGAAUAUGAAGAGCACCGAGGGAAAGGGAGCUUUCCUGCUAUGAUCACGCCAGCGUAUCUCAACGCUAAGAAGGCAAAUGAACUGGCGAGUGAUGUAAGUAUGAAAGUAAAGGUCUAGGUCAGCGUGGGCCAGAUGCAAGAAGUUGCUUAUAAUAACCAGAAGGUUCUCUGGUGUCAUAUUAUUUGAACAACUAGUGGGAACUUAUAAAAGGAGUGAGACCCCUUAGGACUCUGGGUGUUCUUGUACCACAUCCAAUGAUGUCAAAUAUAGCUGUCUAUGACUGAGUGCACUAUUUUAGUGGACCUCCAAAAUGGAAGUAUUGAUAUGUGUUUGUAUGUUGUGAAAGAUCAAACUUUGUUCUCAAUUGGAAUUAGCUCUAGAGGGUCACCCCCAAAGUAACCACAACAUUCCUUUUCUGCUUAGGUAUCAAAAGUGAGCAAAGUAGUCAUGAUUUCUAUAAUGAUCAGGAAGGAUACAAAGAAAUGCACAACUGAGAGGGCUUCAACCAACAGCCCCCAUUUUACUGUCCCCAAACCACUUCUAAACAGAGAAGAUACUUUUGAAAAACAGCUAUAUGAAAGGGGUGGGGAGUACAAAAUCUACCAAUGUCUACCAAAGCUCUUUGGGAUGCCAAAGGCAGCCUUGCGCAUGGCCUAUUGUAUUUAAAUAAGUUUGUCUGCUAUAUGUUUGCUUUGAAUAUUUGUAUCCUGUAUGCAUGUGUACAUAUAUGCGUGCAUAUACAGUGGUACCUCAGGUUACAUACUCUUCAGGUUACAGACUCCGCUAACCCAGAAAUAGUACCUCGGGUUAAGAACUUUGCUUCAGGAUGAGAACAGCUAAAGUGGUGCUUCAGGUUAAGAACAGUUUCAGGUUAAGAACGGACCUCCGGAAUGAAUUAAGUACUUAACCUGAGGUACCACUGUAUAUAUAAUCUUAUUUGCUUGAGCACCACCAAAAUGUUCUUCUCGUAGGGUUUUCAUGCAAUCAUUGAAUUGUAGGGUUGAAAGGCCCAUCUAGUCCCACCCCUGCAAUGCGCAUCCUUGGCAGAUUCCCCCCCCCAAAAAAACCCCUCUGUUUAAAAACCUCCUGUGAAGGAUAAUCCACCACCUUCCAAAGUACAGUGGUACCUCAGGUUAAGUACUUAAUUCAUUCCGGAGGUCCGUUCUUAACCUGAAACUGUUCUUAACCUGAAGCACCACUUUAGCUAAUGGAGCCUCCUGCUGCCGCCGCGCCACCGGAGCACGAUUUCUGUUCUCAUCCUGAAGCAAAGUUCUUAACCUGAAGCACUAUUUCUGGGUUAGCGGAGUCUGUAACCUGAAGCGUAUGUAACCUGAGGUACCACUGUAGUCUGUUCGACUGUCAAACAGCUCUUUCCAUCAGAAAAUUCUUCUUAACAUUUGGCCUAAAUCUCAAAUUCCAAAGAGAUAAUUGCUUGGAUCCCAACAUGCUUUUCCAUUUCCAGAAUGGCCCGCUCUGUUUCCAGAGAGGGAACCUUUGUGUCCCGUCUAAUUAGUUUACUCAAGGAACUAGCACUGGAGUGAUUAACCUUCAUUCGGCAGCAUCUCCGAAAAUGUAUGCACCCCAUAAAUAGCAACAGCAACAAAAAGCAGGCAGAUGAUGGAGUCAUCAUGAAUCACGGUUGCAAUUUUACCAAGGCAAACAUUCAGUGCUAGGACCCUUACUCCUUAUUCGUCAAUAUUUUCAUUCCUGUUUAAACAAGGCUUUGCUCACCGUCUGUCUCUGAGUGGAAAUGUAAUAUUAAACGCUGGGUAACUAUUGAAUUAUUUAGUACUAGCUUAGUGUCCUGGCAUCCCAGCUAAUCUGCAGACAUGAGUUCAAACUUCUAAUAAUAACUCCAGUUAAUAUUAAAAGUUUUGGGCUGGCUGACUUCUGAAAUGAGACGUGUUCCUAUCACAUAAUCAGUCUGAAUGAAACCAGUGAUUGAACCAAGAGGAGGUUUGUGACUGAACAGGGAAUUAGAACCCAGAGCCCUCUGACCCCGAGUACAGCACUCUAACCACCACACCACACUGGUUCAAGUAUUAAUCAUUGUACAGUGGUACCUCGGGUUACAGACGCUUCAGGUUACAGACUCCACUAACCCGAAAUAGUACAUCAGGUUAAGAACUUUGCUUCAGGAUGAGAACAGAAAUUGCAUGGUGGCGGCACGGCAGCAGCAGGAGGCCCCAUUACCUAAAGUGGUACCUCAGGUUAAGAACAGUUUGGGUUAAGAACUGACCUCCAGAACUAAUUAAGUUCUUAACCUGAGGUAGGUAAAGGUAAAGGGACCCCUGACCAUUAGGUCCAGUCAUGGCCGACUCUGGGGUUGCGGCGCUCAUCUCUCUUUAUUGGCCAAGGGAGCUGGUGUACAGUUUCUGGGUCAUGUGGCCAGCAUGACUAAGCCGUUUCUGGCAAACCAGAGCAGUGCACGGAAACGCCAUUUACCUUCCCGCUGGAGUGGUACCUAUUUAUCUACUUGCACUUUGACAUGCUUUCGAACUGCUAGGUUGGCAGGAGCUGGGACCGAGCAACGGGAGCUCACCCCGUCGUGGGGAUUCAAACCACCAGCCUUCUGAUCAGCAAGUCCUAGGCUCUGUGGUUUAACCCACAGCGCCACCCGCGUCCCCUUAACCCAAGGUACCACUGUAUAAUUAUAGCUAUUUGGACAGUGAUAAAUUGUUACACUUUUCUAAGUGGUAGGAAGUUCAAGGGCAGUCCUCUUUAUAAGGUUUCUUUCUUUGUAAAGGAGCAAGCUGGUGAUCUACAGUGUGAUGUAUUUGUAAUAACUGUUUCUUUAUAAAUACUUGAGCAGGGCGUAUAGGAAGCAACCAAAUCCUUAAAGCAGGGCAGCAAAACCAAUUGCCAUGCUGACCGUGGAGAAGCAGUAAAGAAAACUGAAAGUGUGGCCAGCCAGUAGCCAUUAUAACUUGAUUUGAUCCUGCCUUUUUCUUUCUAGAUAAAAUACAAGCAGGAUUUUUCAAAGAUGAAAGGAGCAGCUCACUACCAUUCUCUUUCUGCCCAAGAAAACCUAGUUCUUAAGCAAGCCCAGAAUGUGAACAAGUUGUACAGUGAGGUAAGAAGGCCAGAUGUAAAUUUUAUCAGGACACCCACACUGGUUUGUCAGAGAAACAAAUUGCAUGGAAUUUGAUGGGAUUUACUUCAUAAGCUGAUGUGUGUCUACUCAGAAGUAAGUCCCAUGGCGUGAAUUGCUGCUUCCUCCUGGUUAAGUGUGGCCUUAAGCAUUUAAUUGAGAUUGAAAUCACAUCCACACCAAACAAUCUGAGAGCUCUUAUACCAGUUUAAAGUCAUGGAAAAUCCUGGGAAUUGCUGUUUGUUCAGGGUAGCUCAGUGAGGCCAGCACUUAGCAAACUACAGUUCCCUUGAAAUUCCCUUGAAAUUCUCCAUGACUGCUUUAAAUGUAUGGCAUGGAUGUGACCAGAAUCCCAGCAGGACUUUUGCCUGCCUAACUCUCUUUGAAAUAUGCACCAUAUCCUCAUGGCAUACAGGACAUUUCAGAUUUCUUUCAUGCUGACCAACAUGAUGUUUGUCCCCUUUGUUUAUUAUGAGAGUGAGUAUUGCUAUGCAAUAAAGCAGCUUCUUAUUUCGCUUAUUGCGGGAUGUAACUGAAAUACAUAGCCAGCCAUUGAAUAUAUUUUCACUUCUCACUGUUCUAAAUUCUCAUUUUGCAGGUGGGCUAUAAGAAGGAUCUAGAAAGCAGCAAAGGCCACAGUAUUAACUACUGCGAGACCCCUCAGUUCAGGAAUGUUAGCAAGAUCUCAAAAUACACCAGUGAUGUAAGUCCUCAGUCAUUUGCAUGCAAUUCUGAGAAAGCUUAAUGUAGUCACUGUGGGAAUCGCAGUUUGUACAUAUGUGAAUUCAAGAUAAGAACAGGAAAUCUGGGUAAAAACAGGGCUGGGUGUUUGAAUUUAGAAAUCUUUACAGGGAAGAAAAGGUACAAUUAAUUUAUCAGUAAUCCAAUCAAACAGUUAUUUGUUAUUUGUAAAUGUUUAUGGUCUCAUCUCUGUUUCUUGGUGGGUUCUUAAUACCACCAGGUCACCUCAGACAACACUGUCUGAGUGCAAAUUACAGAACAGAAUAUGGACCAAGUCAUCUGCUUAUAACUUCAGAUAUAGGAAGAUAUUUUUGUUGAAUUCAACACAUUAUCCUUUAUAAACAAAAGGUGUCAGAGGAGCUACAUUGCGCUUCUUGGCAUCAUUUUUUUUGCUAAGUCCCUUUAAAAUCAAUGGAAUUUAAGAAUUAAGCUUGAAAAUCAAACUUUCAGAUACAAUGGAACCUUGGGUUACAUACUGUCCUCCUUACGAACGCUUCGUGUUACGAGCUCUGCUAACCCGGAAGUAGGUGUUCCGGGUAGCGAACUUUGCCCCGGGAUGUGAGCGGAAGUCGUGUGCCAGCGGCACGGCGGCAGCAGGAGGCCCCAUUAGUGAAAGCGCACCUCAGGUUAAGAACGGUUUUGGGUUAAGAACAGACCUCUGGAACAAAUUAAGUUCUUAAAUGGAGGUAGCACUGUACAGUGGUACCUCGGGUUACAUACACUUCAGGUUACAGACUCCGCUAACCCAGAAAUAGUACCUCGGGUUAAGAACUUUGUUUCAGGGUGAGAACAAAAAUCAUGCUCCGGUGGCGUGGCAGCAGCAGGAGGCCCCAUUAGCUAAAGUGGUGCUUCAGGUUAAGAACAGUUUCAGGUUAAGAACGGACCUCCGGAACGAAUUAAGUACUUAACCCAAGGUACCACUGUUUAGACAUUAAUCACUGGAUUAGGCAAAAUAUCCUUAAAAGGCAGAAAAAGUCAACCAUAGCUAUUCUAAAUAUAUUCUUGAUAAACAAUAAAGUUGAAUUGCUUUCCAUUUCUGUGGUGUGGCACUAAAAUAGGAAAGUUCUUUAUGGGUGGGAUUCACUAUGGCAAACAUUCCACCUGUGCAAACAUAUCAGCAUCCUAGAUGGGGCAAUCCUUACUCACCUCCUCCUGUGUGCUGUUCUGUGCAGGGCUGCCCAAUGACUAAGCAAGCAGGCCCUGGCUUAAGACCUUGCUAUGGAAGGAUUUGUUCACUGUAUUUGGGACCAAGGAGAAAUUUUCCUUCAGACAAAUUGGGCCUGUCUGGGGGUUUUGCCUACCUCAUAGCAAUUGUCACAACUUGAUGGGAGAUAAGGCAUGGGUGUGUAUCCUAGUUGGACGAUGUGGUCAGAACCACCGCCAGCCCAAGGAAGCAGAUCCCGUUAAAGGGAUCCAGGGUGGAGAUGUUUCUGUCCAGACACCCAGACUGGGGCUGAUGCACCAUGGCUGCAUCCACAUGAUCUUGGACAGCCUCACCCUGAUUUGGUGUGUGUCAUAGGGCAAUCCGUAACCUUGGUUAACCCUGCCAAAGAUAAUCAAGCAGCAGAUGGGUUGGUUGAUUCAGGAUACAAAUACAGUGUUUGCGCCAAAACCUGUUGCCCUCUGUAAUCAACAAAGUUGUGGCCCAUUUAAUUUAUUGAAAUUCUUGGGGUCACUGUCUGCACCUUCACUGCCCCUGGGCAAAAGUCUUUGUGUAGGGCUUCCAUUGAGAGGGUUCAUGAGGUGAAUCCUACCCUAUGCCUUGCUCAUUUUCUUUGCAAUAUAAAAUAAGGGAACUUCUGUGUCUGAGAGGAGGCUUGUUUUUGUACGCAGCUCAAGUACAAAGAGCAUUACCAGAACCAGAAAGGUCAUUAUGAAGGAGUUGGCAUAGACAGACGCACAGCACAUGCCAUGAAGGUUGGAAGUCUGGCAAGCAACGUAAGUUGUUGUAAAUGCUUCGGCAAUAUACUAUUUUGAUACGGCUUCUCAUCUUAGUAGGGUCAAAUGAAGGGUAGCCAUAGGUUUGAUUCCUUCUGGGGAGGUGAAAGUGUUAGCAGGAAAUAUGAAAAUGGGGGGGAGAAACUGUGUUUGUAAAUAAUAUUGAAGUACCUAUACGCUACCAGUGAACUUUGCAUGAAUUGGAUAGCAUGCCUGCAUUAUGUUGCUGGAUCACUGGUGCAAUAUUAUGGUUUGCAGCUUUUUACUUACACAGCAGGUAGCACAACUCUCCAUAGGAUUUAACUAAACAAACUUCACACACACACACACACAAAAUUAAUGCAGUUUAAUUGCUGUAACAGUGAGCUAUGGGAUUGGGCCUUAAGAGGCUUGUGUUUUGUUCUGCAGCAGACUAGGCAUUUUUUCCCUAUUGGUUGUUAAGGUCACACAACAUCUUCCAGCAUCCAUGCCAUUUGUCUUGGUUUAUUUAUUAUUGGCUUCACUGAGGUGCCAUUUCAUUAUUUAAUACUUUUAUUUAUAAAAUUUGUUACACACUUUUCAUUAUAAAAUAAUCCCAAAGUAGGGUUCAAUAAACAAUAAAACACAAUAAAAUCACACCAUCUGUAAAUAGAUAGGAGUAUUCACUCAGUUUUGACCAAACUGCGGGAGGCAGUGGAAGACAGGGGUGCCUGGCGUGCUCUGGUCCAUGGGGUCACGAAGAGUCGGACACGACUAAAUGACUAAACAACAACAAAUGCACUCAGUAAUGACCGUUCCCCACAUUAAAUGGGGGGGCACCCUUUGAGUGGUCGCGCGCAGCCUCCUGAACCCUGUGCGGCACCAUUAACACAGGCUUGGCUUUGCCUUCCCCAGGUGGGAUACCUGGAGGUCUCCACCUACCUCAGCCAGUUGCCCAAUUCCGCCUGGGGAGGCGUUGCCAAGGUGAUCAGGCAAGGUAGAGGGAGGGACCACCCUGCCCACACAACACUAAAAUAACCAUCACAGUAUGCAGUGACAUAGGUUCAACUAAAAUCCUAGAUGAAUAAAUAGUUGGCAUCAAAAGCUUGUAAGGUUCUGUGCCAACUGUAGCUUAAGGGGAAGGGAGUUCCUGCACUGAAUGAUGGGUGCCUGUGUUGAGACGUUGUGUACCAUGUCUUGAAAUGCGCUAUUUGAAGCUCUGUGAGAAGCACAAAAAGUAAGCAUGAAGAUAAAAGCAAUGUGUCACAGGUGGAAGUUAAGGUAAUGUUUCUGCGGUUGGCACUGGAUUAAUUGUGCAGCUGAAAAAGAAUCAAUUAGCAGUUAAACUAUGCAAAUAAUUUCAUUUUCUUUGGCAUUAACGCCACUGAAUUUACUUUGUUGCUUGUGUUUAAUAUUAAUAUUACUGGGUUUUUUUUUUCUUUUCUCUUGUCUGAUAAUUAUUCAGAACAAAUGACAGCUUUAAAAAAAGUUGAUUCUUUUUGUUCUCCUUCUUCCAGAUAGCCUAUAAAUCUGAUUACACACACGAUGAUGUUGACUACAAUUACCCAGCCACCCUCACUCCUUCAUACCAGACAACAAGGAAGCUGAUCCCUUUGAAAGAUGUAAAUAGCCUUCUGAAUUCUCACCCUUCUGCUUGCAUGGGAUGGAGUAUGAUUUGCAGUCUGUAUAAGGCAGUAAUUUAAUUACAGUGACAAAUAUAGCUGAUGAUAACAGCGCCCUGAAAGAAAGAGAUAAAAGUUGUUUUCCAGUUGGUAGACUCAUAAAUUCUCAGGGCACUGGAGAUGAGAUAUCUAACCUUCUGCAUUUAGCUGUCCUAGUGUCAAUCCUUUUUUGUUGUAAUCCCAAAGUGAUUACAGUAAUCCCAUAAUUUGCAUCCAUUUAACUUGUGUGCAUUCAGCUUUACAUAUGUGACAAAAAAAUUAAAAAUUAAAAAGGGGGUGGAAAGGGGGCAGGGUUUCAGGAAAAAUGACUUCGGCAAUCCUACCUGCCAUUGAACCCAAUGGGUCUUGACAAUGUGCAAUUUUGGCUUUAUGAGCAAUCUCCAGAACGUAACCCCUGCAUAGUUUGCGGGUCUAUUGAACUACUGCUUCCCAUGGUGGUAGUUCCACACUACAAAAUGUAUAUUGCUUUUAUACUAAUUUAACAACCACUUCCAAAAAAGGACUUGGACUGCAGUCUUAACCCCACCCAUCUGAGAGUAAGUCCCUUUGAAUUCGGAAUGACUUACUUCUGACUAGACAGGGUUAGGGUUGCACCGUUUACAUUUAUAUCCCACUUCUCUACCCCCUUGGAACUCAUGACAGCAUAUACCGAGUUUUCAGGAAGUCUCCCAUGCAGAAUCAGAUUUGCUUAGAUUUUUGCAUCUUGUGCCUUUGGAGCAUGCCAUGAGAAAUAUAUUUGGGUGAAAGUGGUGCAAACUCUCUUAAAAUUCCUUACACCCCCUUACUCAGGCUUCCUCAACCUUGGCCCUCUAGAUGUUUUUUGGCCUACAACUCCCAUGAUCCCUAGCUAGCAGGACCAGUGGUGAGGGAUAAUGGGAAUUGUAGUCUGAAGACAACUGGAGGGCCGAGUUUGAGGAAGCCUGCCCUUACUGAACCACAGGUCCCAGGAUUCCCUGAUGAUAAGAAAAGAGUCAUUAACUCUCACUUCAAAGAGCAUAAACAAGGGAUUGGUUAUAGCCUUAUUUCCCUCUUUCUGGUCACUUCCUAUCUUUUCAGGUUACACCUGACUAGAAAGAGUGUCUGAUGGCAUGCACUAAUGUUCGGUUGAAAAACAUGUCUGCAAAUGCCUAAGGGAUCCCCGUCUGUUGUGUGAGGAUGAAUUUCACACAGGACAAAACAGGCUUUGCCGGUUUUGCCUUUUUAACCUUAUUGAUUAUCUGUAGACCACUGAUGCUACAUAUUUCCGAUGUUUACUUUAUUCCACUGGGAACAGGCUCAAUACUAAGGCUAUAGCUACAUCACAGAUGUUAACUGGAGAACAGCCAUUACUUUUAUUAUAUCUGGGCAUUGAAGCUUAGGAAACCAUUGUGCCAUAUAAGCUGCCUGCCAUUUCAAACCUUGGUCCAUUUAGCUCAGCACUGUCACCACUGGGAAUGCCAGGAGUUGAACCUUAUGCAUGCUGUACCAUUUAGCAUUUCACAUAACUCCUCAUUUAUUUAGAAGGUUAAAAAAUACUCUCUACACAUUCUAAAUUACACUAAGAAUUCAAAGGUAGUUAAGAGGAGAUUUUAUGGGGUCAACAGCUCAAUCAUGUGCUCUGCUCUGCUAGCAGAACAGUCCACGCAAAAGUGGAGUUGUAUUAGAUAUGUAAAGAAAAAUGUUACGUGUAUAGCUUUCAAGUAACAGCCCCUGCACCUCAAGUUCAAUGAAGCCCUGGUAUAUGGCAGUUUGAGUGACAAAGAGUCAGACAGCAGGAUGACCAGGCAGAGAGGUGUAGAGAUUUCCUUUAUAAACUAGAAUUCUGUAGAGGAGAGGAUUUCAGAGGUGCAGCGUGACACUUGAGGAUCUAUAAAGUGGCAUCUGUUGAAAUGUCCUGUUCUACACAAGUGGUUUUCAUAGCCACAGUUCCUUUUCCACAAAACAAAAACAACGGUUUAUUACUAGAGAGUCCUGCCCUUCUUUCCACCAUGUACAGCCAGACCAAAUUUCAUCAUUGUUUCAUCCAUUUAAAACAAAACAAAACGUGGAAUAUCAGUAGAAAAUUGCACUGAACACUCCAGAUCAUCUGCCAAUGUGAGAACUGGACAUCAAAACAGAAACAGUGAAUUAAUUGUUUCACUUAUACUGAUCAUAUUAGAUAAGUUAUACAUUUUUUAAUGGAAGAUAUGUAAGAAUGGACUCUGUAGCAUCAAAUAAAAUUUGGAUGCCACAUCCCCUUUUUUUUUAAAAAAAGAGAAGGUGGGGGAAAAAAACUCUCACUAAAUCAACUACUUUAAAGUAGCAUACAAUUUGCAUUUUAGUGAGAAGGUAAUUAACUAGGGCAAAUAUUAAUUAAAGCCUGCCGAGAAUAAUAAUUGUAUCCUGUAGUGUAACAUGGAGGUCUUUGGGAAGAAUAGGCUUAAAGGGAAACCUCACCAUGACAUUUUAUCUUGCAUAAUGUGGAUUUAAUAUACUGCUUUGUAUGGGUUCGUAUUGUUACUGCUGCCUUCAUAUAUUAGCAAGUUAGUGGGCUCUGACCUUAUCAGUCGCUGACUUUGAAAUAACGUUUUUGCCUUAUUAAGAUUUUUCACGACACUCUGCAUAUAUAGCUUCUUCUAUUUAAUGAUUUCCCUUUAUAUUUUUAAAUAUUUAAAACCACAAUUUAAGAGAAUUGAAAAGGCUAACCAAUUAAAAAUGCUGGCAAAUGAAAGUGAGCAAGAGACAGAAAGAAAGCUGUUAAUUUUAUAUAAAUACCAGACCAAUGAAAUUGCACUGUAGUUAAAAAAACAAGCAAAAAACCCCACAGGAUUUCUGCUUUUGGUUAACUGCUGUGAAUAUUCUAGAUAACGAUAUAUUUGCCAUUUGUAGUAAAAGCUACCUUGAGAAUUGCUUUACUAAACCUUUUGUGGUAGUCAUAAUGUGUUUCUCCAUUUUUUAAUUUAGGUAAACUAUAAGCAAAGUAUAGACAAGCUGAAAUACAGCUCUGUUACCAGCACACCUCAGAUUGUUCAAGCGAAAAUCAAUGCUCAGCAGCUUAGUGAUGUAAGUCCUAUUUCCAUUGUACCCCAACGCAUGAGAAGUAUUACAUAAAUAAGAAGGUAUCUUGCAGUUGUCCCAUGGAUAACAUUUUGUAAGUAAAAGGCAUCCUGGGGAGUCAGUUUCAGAGCCUCCGUAAGAAGUAUUGCAUCCUCAAAUUUAGGCAGAUUUAUUUUUUAUUAUUGUUCAGACAUUUAUUGAAAAAUAAGCCAGGGGGUAGUCAUAGUCACUCUUCAUAUAAUUUCAAAUUUUAUUUCCUAACGACUUUUUAAGAAUGGCUUUUAACAAUUAACACUCCUCUUGCCGUUAAAUAUCAUUGUAUUUGACAUGUUGAAUAUGCUUUUGAUUGUUUGGCAGCUGAACUACCGAGCCCAGUAUGAGAAAACCAAAACACAAUAUACUUUGCCACAGGAUGUCCCACAGUUAGUCAAGGCCAAAGCCAAUGCGGAAUUAUACAGUGAGGUAAGGGAACCUACAAAUAUACAUUUGCAUAAUAUACCCAAAGAUGUGAUUUUCAUUAGAAACAUAAGUCACACGCUGCGCUAGCUGAUUUUAUAGUUUGUUGAGUGAAUUGCCUGCUAGUUUUUUUGCCUAUCUUUAUUCACAUUAAUGACUUACUACUGUAUUUCCUUCCCUCAGAUUAAGUAUAAAGAAGGCUGGCAGAAAAGCAGGGGCCACGGCUUUGAAAUGAAUUUGGAUUCCAUGUCUUUGCUCGCUGCCAAAGCUUCAAGGGAUCUUGCCAGUGAUGUAGGUUAUACGUAUUUAUCUAGGGCAUAUUACUAAGAGACGUCUACAAUAAUAUAGAGAAAUGAAAACAUGUUGAGUUGGGGCUUUAAGAUGGAAAUUUCCUUAAAAAAUAAUCUGUCACAAACUCUGAUAAACUAACGGAGAAAUGUAAUAAACAUUCUAGUUAUCUGACUUACCUUCGUGUUUGAAAGUGGCUCUUUAAAUUGGCUAAAACCUAAAAUAAAUAAUUAUAAAGUGAAUAUAUUUCCAGAUUUGAAAAUUUGACCUGCUGUUUGAAAUAUCUUAAUGAGCCAGUGAUGCUUUCAUCCUCAAGGGCCAAAAGAAUGGGUGGCAUCCAUUGUUGCAAGAGCAGACUUUCAAUCACCCAAUUGAAUUUCCCUUUCCUCAUCUCAGCCUUGCCUCCCUAAUCUGCUCUGCUGAGCAGAUUUGGAGUACACAGGUGGCUGCAAGGAGGAGGAGAGGAAGGGAAAGUCCUGUUGCAUGAGAAGAAAUGUGUUGUCCUUGAGGAGGGACACAUAUGUAAGUCACCCAUUUUCUUUUCCUCCAUUUUACAAUAUUUUCAGACAGUGUCAUUCUGUACAGUCGUACCUUGGUUGUCGAACACCUUGGUACUCGGACGUUUUGGCUCCCGAACGCUUUAAAUCCGGAAGUGAGUGUUCCGGUUUGCGAACGUUUUUUAGAAGCCAAACGUCCAAUGCAGCUUCUGAUUGAGUGCAGGAAGCUCCUGCAGCCAAUCGGAAGCCGCGCCUUGGUUUUCGAACCGUUCCGGGAGUCGAAUGGACCUCCCGGAACAGAUUAAGUUUGACAACCAAGGUACCACUGUAGUCUGCUUUAUUUAUUUCACUUAUAUUUACUUUUAAGACUAUAUUUUCUAGACAUUGUUACUACCUAUAUAUCCAUACAAGAUUAACUUAUCUUCCUUUGCAAUUAUUUGAAGAAUCUCACAUUUCCCAGUGUAAUCUCUCAAUUUCUUCCCACAUUAGUUUAGUUGUUCCAUUUGAGCCUUUUUUUUUUUUUGCUAUAGUUUAAAAUGCAACAGAAAGUGUACUACUACUUGGCAGACAAACUGGAUGAGAUUUGAGCAGUUGGCUUUUCUUUUUUGUCAGUAGAAAAUUUAAGGGGAAGAGGUUCUUCUUUAAAGAGCACUGUUAAAAGAAAGAUGCAGUUUGGCUGGCAUUUAUCUGUCUUUUGAGCAAAAUGUUGCCUCUUUUCUCCACAGAUUAAAUACAAAGAAGAAUAUGAGAAAACAAAAGGAAAAGCAAUGGCAACCAAAGAUUCAAGACUUAUUCACUCUUUACAAGUAGCCAAAAUGAGCAGUGAGGUAAAUGGCUUCCCAUUACUAUUUUAAAUUUAGUUUUUAAUGAUGAAACUCCUACUCUCAUUAUUACCUUGGGAUUUAUAUAUCCUUUACUGCACAUAGUAACAAAAAAUACCUCUUCCUGUUGUAUCUAGUAAGAGGGUGGUUGUACAAAACUCAUGGUUAUGUGAGCAGAAGCAUGUCAUAGACUCAUUAAAAACUCUCCCCUUCCAGGCCCUUCUAGUUUUCCCCCUUCUUUUCCUGACCAUCUGGACCAUCGCUUGCCAUGGUUAUUGCCAAUAAAGAACUCAAAAAGAAAAAUGAGUCCUUCAAUGCUUCAAAGCUGUUACAGUUUAUUGUUGUAACAGAAAAUAAUAAACGUAAAAAUGGUUCACCUUAAUCAGGGUUUGCAAAAUCAACCAUGGUUAGCACCAACAGAGAUGUAAUGUUGCACCGUGGUUAACAGUCGUGAAUAGAUUCACACAGAUGAGUGGAGAGGGAGAAAGUGCAUGCGGUCACUUUGCACUCCUAAUCUCUUGUGCAUGUUCAGAAAAUGGAUAAUGUUGGUUCUGCACCAGGCCCUAGUUCCAAGAAAUACUGCAUUGAAAUCUUUGUUAAAAAUAAACAAGGCUUGCAGUUCUGUGCCUAUGCACUUUACUGUAAACCCCAUUGAAAUCAGUGGGAUUUACAUCUGAGAUUGUAUACAUAAGAUCAUUAUGUUGUUAACUUUAAUGUAAAGUGAACACCGACACAUUUUUGUGUGUGGAGAUAAAGCAUAAAACAUUUCGCACGCUAUAUACAUAAUGAUAAUGAAUGAUAAAUGUAUGUUAAGUGAUGCUGAGAAACAGUGAGCCGCUACAGGUAUCUGAAAGAAGCAUUCACAACCAGGUCAUAAAGGUUGGAUCAGAACUUCAGUCUUUUCAAGCCUCAAUCAGGGAAGCAUGAAUCUGUAUACAGCAAUUAUAUUCUAAAGAGUAAGACUGUUGGAUAUAUAGUAGAGAUGGUUGCUAUUAUUCUCCUGCUGUUUUCACCUAUACUCUUUUUGUAAAAUGUUGAAUGCAAUAUUUUGAUAUUCCCUAGAUUGCAUAUAAAAAAGAAUCUGAGAAGAAUAAAGCUCAUUUCCACUUACCAAUGGACAUGAUAAACUUGGAACAUGCCAAGAAGGCCCAGACUCUGGCUAGUGACCUCGACUAUAGGAAGAAAUUUCAUGAAUAUACGGUGGUUCCAGAAGACCUAAAGACACAGUGGGCCAAAAAAGCCUAUGGACUACAGAGUGAGGUAGGAGCAAAGGUCGAAAGCUGGUGAUGGCAGUGGUGUUACCAGAAUUUAUUGACUGCAAGGGUAGCCAAUGUGGUGCCUUCCAGAUGUUGCUGUUAGCCCCAGGGCAGGGAUGAAGGAAAUUGUAGUCCAAGAAUGUCUGGAGGGCAAUUUGUUAGCUACUAUUGUUUCCGAAUAGCUCAACUCUUUGUCAUUACAAGCCAGAUGUUAUAUUAAACCAAUCCAUAGGUCUCAUAUGGGAAUGCAGAUAACUCAAGUGUCAAAUUCAAUCCAAUUUAAAUUUUGUUCAAUAGAAGAUAUUAACUUUUAGUGGAAAGACUUUGCAGGAAGACAGCUUUAAGCAGAGUUCUAAUGCUUGCCAUCAGUAUUUGUGUGGAAGAGAAUUUGUAGGUAAUAACAAAGGCUAUAACUUAAGGACUUGUCACCCAUGGCUGGCAAAAUCAUGUCUUUUUGUGAUACAACUAAAUCUACCUACCUGCUGUAGGAGCCAACUCCUAGUGGCCGAGGUCCAUUUCCCCCCCCAAUAAUAUAUUUGUGGGGGCUGGAAUGGGUAUUGCCAUUCAAAUGGAGUGCAUUCAUUGCGUCUUGUGGUCGAUUAUAUGGGACGGGGCUUACCUGUCCCCCCCUAAUAUUUUAUUCAGGUUGUUAGCCCUGCUGCCUGCCUACCUAAUCAGUCUGUGAAAUAAUGAGCUUUCUUUUGUCUUCAGCUUCAGUACAAGACAGACCUUACAUGGAUGAAGGGAGUUGGGUGGAUAGCAGACGGGAGUCUCAAUAUUGAGCAAGCAAAGAAAGCAGGAGAACUUAUUAGUGAGGUAUGUCUCUUGAUUUUCCUGUUAAGUAUAAUAAAGUCUGGCAGGACCUUCCUGGAAGAUGGAAGUAGACUGAAAUAUUUUGAAACAAUGGCACUGUAUUAUAAUUGGGUGGUUUAUCAAGUCCCUGGAAAACUGUCAUGCAUGCCUGUUGGGUUGAGUUUGGCUUCUUCGGUUACAAGUUCUGCUAACUUAUCAAAGAAAAACAGAAAUUAAAAGAAAGAAAAUUAGAAGAUAUGUAAGAGUGAAAAGAAGGAAUAGGAGCUAGUCUGGCUUAUUUAAAGUUGCCAGUGAUUAUGAUAUUGUAGAUCCUUGACAUCAGGCUAUGCAGGUAUUCUGAAGUUGAGGCAGGAAGAAACAUCUGUGCUCAGAUCUAAUAUCUUGCAAGGAAGCAAAUUGACAUCUACUGCUGGGGUUUGCCACAUAAAUACUUAUUGUCAAAAAUGUUGAACCCAGCCAUGAUAAGGUGACACAAUUCUUCAUUUCUGAACUGUAUAAAAGGUAUAUCAGUUGAAAACUAACACGUACCUUGGAUGCUUCUGUUUCCAGCCAAGGAGUUGGCAUUUUGUUAUUCUUUGUAUGACAUCAUAUAGAGCGAAACAUAAUUUUUGAAAACAACUCGUUCCUAAUAUGCCUCACUCUCUCCCACAUCUUGAAUGUGGAAUAAUGAGCAUCUCUUUGAAAUCUUUAUGCACUUUAAUGAAAAUAAAUCAAUCUCAUUCUUAUUUUCAGCUGGGAACAUCACAGGGCAAGAGAGGGUGUGUUUGCUCUGAGACAGGGUCUUCCCCUGCAGAAAUGCCAAGUUGAGGCGUGCAUGUAACACAUACCCUGGAGUUGGUUGUGUGUUUGAUUGAUGAAUUGUUAGUACAAGAGAAUCACAUGAAGUAUGCAAAAGAAUGUGCCUCUUCUUUAUCAACAGACAUUACUGUGAAAAGGCUGUCUUUUUCUUCCUCUUACGGUGUUUUUGACAGCAACAAAUUCGGGCCUCAUUCAGAAAUAACAUGGUUUCUGUUAUGUUGAGCAUUUGCCACAGAUGUUGAAAAGCAAUGCAGAUUGUGAACUUUUCAGGGCUGCAUUUUUCAUGGCUUAGCUCUCAGCAGUGCAGCAGGAGCCCACGAGGAGCAAAGCAGCGAUGAUUUCUGCCCUGUGUACCAUUAUACUGUUUGUUGAACUAUAAACCAUAGUUAGGCUUGGCUCUAGUUGAAAGCAACUUAUGAAGUAGGCAUGUGUGUGUGGACAAAAAAAGAACCUGGUUCAUGUUGAAACCAAAUAGCUAAAAUGAUCCAUUGGGGUGGGGUGGGUGGAAUAAUUAAUCAGUGUAAAAUGAUAGCAUAAAAGCUGGGAAACAGAAUGGUUAUUCUACUUUAUGUACUCCACCACUGUGUUAUCUGAGUAACCUUGCCUCUAUUUCUGAGUUGGUUUUAACAUGAAAAGAUUGUGUUGUUGUUGCUAGUGCUGGGAGUAAGUGGAAGGCAUAACUUGUCGAUUUUUUUUACCUUUGAGAAAUGUGGUAAUGUUAUCUAUACCAUCUUUUUUUAAAAAUGCAUUUCAAUUAGAAAAAGUACAGACAGAAGGCUGAUGCUCUAAAGUUCACAAGUGUGGCAGACAGUUCCCAGAUCAAACAUGCGAAGAAAAGCCAGGAACUGCAGAGUGAUGUGAGUCUCCUACUUUACCUUCUCUCCACACAGAUUCUUUAUCAUUAAAACGGGUAAUUCUUGGGGACAGGCACCACCACUGAAAAAGCAAUAGGAUCCAGCCACGGAAAUUUGUCAUUGCUUUACAUAGUUUUGAGGUGUACUUCUAAGAUUUUUUUGAACUCCCUGUACUUCUGCAGGUAGAAAACCUUUAAACCCAAAGGGUUAUCAAGAGGCGUGCUGACCAGGUUUCAGAUACUAUGGUGAUAAAGGCCAUGUACCUAACUAGAGAGAAAAAGACUAAAUUGGAUCUUUUAGAACAUCUGCAUGGACCUCUGCGGCUGUUCUUCCUCAGUGAGGCUAUUCUUUCUGUCAUUAAAAAUACACUGCCUGUCUUGCGUGGUACCUGGAUUAGAUUGUCUGCACAUGGCUUCAUUUUAAAAUAUUUUCCAUUGCUUAGACUUUAUUUAAUAAUAAUUAUUAUUAAUAAUAAUAAUCCAGUUUCAUUCCCCUUAGACCAAUGUUUUGCCUUUACACAAUAAGGGAAAUCAGUGUUUUAUUUAGUGCAGAAGUGGAGAAUCUGUGGUCCUCCAGAUGUUGCUGGACUACAAGUCCCAUCAUCCCUUAUCAUAGGCUGGUGCUGAUGUGAGUUGUAGUCCAGCAACUUCUGGAGCACCACAGGCUCCGCACCACUGUUUGAGCAGUAUUGCUUUCACCAGUAUAGGUUAGCAAUGUAGUGUAGCUGUACAAUAUAGCUUUCAAUCCAGUAGCUAGCACAAGUGAGGCCAUGGAGCAGGGGUGGGGAAUCAUUGGCCCUCCAAGGACUACAACUCCCACCCUUUCUGACCAUUGGUUACUAUGGACUCCAACAUCAUCUGGAGGGCUGAGUGUUCACUAUCCCUGUCUUGGUGUUUGGGGAAAUGGCAGAAGUGGGCCACCAUCGUUUAAAGAGCAUUUGAAACACAUUCUUUCUCUUAAAUAAUUAUGUGCACUGUAGUUUAUCUCUCACAGAGUUAACAGUUCCCAGCAACCCUCAACAAACUGCAGUGCCCGUGUGUGUGGACUGUGCUUCAAACAUGCUUUUAAGGCACAUCCCUCAGUUUAAGCGAAACUAUUGUCUAGUGAGGGUUUCAGACUGAGGUAAAAGACACAGUCAGAUAGCCAGUCAUUUCACAAGUGUUUUAGCACUCAUGCUCUUUCAUCUUUCUUUUCAUUUUAUUCUUUGAUAUCAACCAUAAUUGUUCAGUCUAAAACAUAAAUUGAUUUUGAGGCAACUUAAAAAAAAAAAAAUCAUUGACGGUACAAACCAUACACUAACUGGAUGUAAGUAUCCAGGAAGUUAAUCUUUGAAAAUUGUUACGUAUUGCUUCUUAAAACAAAUACGGUAUGCCCAGUGCUGAUACUGUUUGGUCUGCCUUUGUAAACAGGUUGCAUACAGGUCAGGAAAAGAGGGUUUUCUUCAUAAUUACAGCAUCAGCAAAGAUGAGCCCCUCUUCAUACAAGCCAGAAGAAAUGCAGCAAAUAUCAGUGAGGUAUGGAUGGGUGGGAAUCCUGUGCUUUCAUGCUAUUGAAAUACUUAUUCUGUGGCUAAUGAUUGAUGCUUUCUCAAGAGUGGUUCAAUGCAUAUAUACUAUAAAUGUAUGGUUGUUGGGUUGUUGUUUUUUACCACUUUAACUUUCUUUGAUUCUUUGAUGUGGGAAUUACAGUUUAAUAAGAGUGUUGAGAAUGCAAGCCACUGCCGGAUAACAACAGUUUCCAGGGGGGCUUAGGAGAAGAAAUAACUAUUGGGCUUGUUUUGCUCUGUGUUGUAGUAGUUCUGCCCUUAAACUGCUCUUUCAGCCCUUUAACAUAUACAAUACAGUGGUACCUUGGGUCACACACCCUUCAGGUUACAGACUCCACUAACCCAGAAAUAGUACCUCGGGUUAAGAAUUUUGCUUCAGGAUGAGAACAUAAAUCGCGUGGCAGCGGCAGCGGGAGGCCCCAUUAGCUAAAGUGGUACCUCAGGUUAAGAACAGUUUCAAGUUAAGAACGGACCUUCGGAACGAAUUAAGUUCUUAACCUGAGGUACCACUGUAUUGGUAUGCUAAUGGAGGAACUCCUAACUUUAAGCAGUAGGCAACAUGCAGGUUAGAAUAAGAACAAUUUUAUCCAGUAUUUUAAUAGCUCAUGAAGCCACAGGUUUCUGGUACCAUUUGAAACGUUGGGUGUUACUGUUAUGGCAAUGGUGAUUAGUAACAAAAGAAUAAUUGUGGCAUUAAAAAUCCUUUUAGAAACUGUACAAAAGUAGUUGGGAGAGCCAGAAGGAGAAGGGAUUUGAACUUCAUCUUGAUGCCAUACCAUUCCUGACAGCCAAAGCAAAGAGGGACCUGGCAAGUGAUGUGAGUACCGAUUCAAGUUGAACACACAAGAUGGGAUUCAGUGUCACCCUAAGGCAGUCAUCCCAUCUGGUGUAAUCAUUGGACUGAUCUCCCCUCUCCUCCCCCUGUGCGCUGUCCUGGGGGUUUCUCUCUACCCUCCUGAACAGAUCUGGGGAUGGUGCAGGGGCAAGAGGAGGCUAGUCCUGUUACACUGGCUUCUGCUUGUGCAGCAGCUUAGUUGAAUCCGGUCCAUCGUUCCUCUAGGGAGCUAAAGUGUGCCCCUGUGAGCAGGUCUUAGGAUCUAAUUUAAGGGUAGUGUAGUCUAUAGCAGGGAUGGGGGGACCUCCUGUGACACUCCAUAUGUUGCUGGAAUACAGCUCUCAUUGCCUCUAACCAUUGGCUAUGCUUGCUGGGGCUGAUCAUGGGUUCCUUACCCCUACAUUACCUGAGCUCCAAAACACAGUACAGAGGGCUGACCAAAACAAAUAAACCCCAACCAAAAUGACCUUCCUGUAUGUUCCAGAUGUUGCUGUUGUUCAUUUUAUUUAUAUUAAUUUGAUUCAUAUCUCACCCUUCUUCCUGAAAGAGCCCAGGGCACAGAAAAUUAUAAAGCAAACAAACACAAAAGAUCUCAGAACAGUUACAAACAUUAUCUCAGUGAGCGAUUCUCAGGGUUGUCAGGGGCAGUGUCUGUUGGUCAGAGUAAAUGGGGAUGCUUUUAAUUGUUUUCCUGGAAAACCCACAAAAUUUCCUGGGCAUCCCACAGAGAACCGCUACUGAAAAGACCCUGUCUUGUGUCUCCGCCAGCGAUGUAGACCUCAGUGGCAGCACCACCAACAAGGCCUCACUUGCUGAGAUUGUUUAUAUCAGAUAUAUAUUAUAUCUUUUAAGUACUUGGAUCCCAUGUCAUUUACAGCUUUUUAUGCUAGUCCUACCACCUCGAAUUUGGCCUAGUAGCUCACUGGCAACCAGUACAGCAGUACAAUGGUCUCAUCUGGCUGCCCCACUUACUAGUCCAACAUCCUGCAAGAAGUAGUAUUUAGUCUCCCACAUUAUCAGAUAUUGACACUUUUAUACCUCAAAACACAGGAUUGUCAGGUGGAAUGCUCUGUAAAAAAUGUAUUGCACAAGAAAACUAAGCUAUUGAAUUACCAUUAAACACAAUUCUGUGAAAAAUUUCAGGGGAAGAACUAAACUCUUGUUACUAUGAAAAGUCUUAGGACAUGCUUCCUCAACCUCAGCCCUCCAGAUGUUUUGAGACUACAGUUCCCAUCAUCCCUGACCACUGGUCCUGCUAGCUAGGGAUCAUGGGAGUUGUAGGCCAAAAAACAUCUGGAGGGCCGAGUUUGAGGAAGCCUGUCUUAGGAUCUGAUUCCCAAGCCUCUGAGUGUAGAUAUUACCUGAGCUCCGUAUCUCUUCACUGACCUUUACCUGAAACAAUACAUUUUAUUUAGCUUGUGCUAGUGCUCAAAAGCACAACUUGACCUUUUGAGCUGCAGCUUCCCAGUACCACUCCAAGAUGCUAUGACUUCUGCAGAAAAAAUAAUAAUAACACAAAAGACAAACACUGAAAAUGUGCUGCCCUUUCAUGGCAUGCAAAAGCUGCUCCUCUAGGCAUCUACCUCACUCUCCCUAAUGGUAGGACCGGAUCUGUCUCCUCAAGCUAAAUAAUUGACAACCCAAAUAACAAAGGAACUAUACAUGUUUCUUUGCCAAGUGUGUUGUUCUUUUGGGCUACUGGUUCUGUCAAGAAGGUGCAACACUCUCUAAUGAUGCAAUACUAUGCAUUUUUACUUGGAAGCGAAUCUCAGUGUAUUCAGUGAGAAAUGUGUUUAGGACCUUAGACUGUGGUUCUAAACAAAUUGACUAGUGUGAAUAAGCCCUGCUGAACACAGUAGGACUUAGAUGCAUAGGACUGUGCUAAUAAUGACAUAAAACGUAAAUCAUAUGAUGCAUUUUCAAGUAACACAAAGGCUCCCUGCCCCUGGGAUAAAGCAGUAAAUGAAAAAGAUGCUCCUUUUGGAAACAUUAAAAAAGAGCAUGCAAGCAUCCUCAUUUUGUGCACUUCAACCACAUAUAAAAGUUAGUCCUUAUUACUUGCUUUCUGCUUUUUGUUGAGCGGGAAAAGUAUGCUUUUGAUGUACAGAUGUGUUGUACUUAGACAUAUUAAGCGUGCUUGUCAGUAGUUUUGCAGGAGGCCAAAGUGCCUUUUCUGAAGUAGCCUAUUAAACCGGUUUAUUGAAAUGUUCCAUUUACUUCAACCCGAUGCUGUUGCUUACAAUGGCUUUGAGUUUAUUACCUUUCUUUGUACCUAUGAUCCAUUCCCUCCCCCCACUUUUAACAGGUAAAAUACAAGGAGAGUUAUGAGAAGACGAGAGGAAAGUGGAUUGGGGUGAAAGGUGUGAACGAAGACUCGCAGAUGGCUCACUCGCUUCAUAUGUCGAAGAUGCAGAGUGAUCUGGAAUAUAAAAGGGCGUUUGAGAAUGUAAAGACCCAGUAUAAUGUGUCCAUGGAUAUGAUAAAUAUUGUCCAUGCCAAGAAAGCUCAGGAUUUGGCCACUGAUAGGGGAUACAAGACAAUUCUUCAUCGCUAUACUGCCUUGCCUACAGAUAUGAAGGUGGAAUGGGCAAAGCGGGCAUAUGACUUGCAGAGUGAUGUAAGUUACACAUUGUCUAUUUUUUAAUUAUUUUUUUAAUUUUUUUAUUAUUCAAGAUUUAUAUACCCCUUUUUUUUAAAAAAAACACCCCUCUAAAUAGUUUACAUAAAAGAAUAUAAAAUAUUCAUAAUAAAAUACCAAUUAAAUCACCAUAUGGAAAAGCCUUUCUGGGUUAAUCAAAUAAAUUAAGCGAUUUAAAUGAGAACUCGCAUGCACAGUCAAGUACGGGUUAACUAUUAUGCUAAGAACACUGUUGCACAGGAUCCUGUGCUAUAUUAUUUCAUUAUUUGAAAGAGUCAGACUAUGCCAGUCCCUACUCUGGUCUAGUUCAAAAUCACUACUAGCUUAAAACAUGGCGGCCAUUAGCCAUAACGGGGUAAAGAAUGGCCACAUUUUAAAUUGAGGAGAAAUUUAAAAUAAUUGUAGCUUGGCUAUUAUGGAGCAUAUUUCUGCCCUUUCCCUUCUGCUCCAGCUAAAGACCAAAGGACCAGAUAAGCUGUCCUUUUCAUUUUUAGACCAAAAAAAAGUGAUUACAUUUGUUCAGUGGUGGUUGGUACCUGUUGGAACUGGUAGUGCAGAACACAGGGAGGCCAAUAGUAGAUGGGAACCAGCUGUUGACUGAGACAGAGCCAAUGACAGGUGGAGCCAACUAAUUGUGGCUCCCAUCUCCCUCCCUACUGAGUUCUGCAAGGCCAAAGGAGGAAGGUGACAGCCAGGGCUACCUUCUUGCCUUGUUGUUGUAAGGAGGCAGGCAGAUGGGGGCUGGUUAAGGGAAGGCUGAGGUUGGUGGGCUGGUGCCCUGUUUGCUUUGAGGAACCAUCCUCCACUGCAUUUAUCCUCCAACCCAGCAGUUUGUAUAAUGUUAUGCUAGACCAGGAAAUGAAGGAGCCCUGGAUGUUAUGAAGCUACUGCAGCUUUUCACACUUCUGGUAUAAAGGAAUGUUAUGCUUCUCCCCUAUAUUUGGUCGUAUAGGUGCAAGAUAAAGGUAAACCACAAACACACACCUAUGGAGAUGCCUGUUCCCCCCACCGCCAGGCGUUAUGCCACAAGUUUGAUAAGUGGUUACAUGUUGUCACACAUCGCAAGUUCUGGCAAAUAUCUACCAUCCACCCUAGGGCUGCAAUCAUGUCUGCGCUUACAUGGGAAUAGUCUCAUUGGACCAAGCGGGACUUACUUACAAGUAAACAUGCACAGGAUAGAGUGGAAUAUCUGAUGAGAAAUCUUCCGGAACAUUCCUGCACUGUUUCAGUACUCAAUAUCCCUGCAGUGUUGAUUUAACCACAAACCAUUAGCAAGCUCUAACAGGAGGGUUUUUUAAUAUAAAAAAAUUAAGCUUUUGAAAAACCCUUUCUUUUAAAUCUUAUAGCAGAAAUGUUUGCUGUUGGUGAUAUCACCAUCUCUUUUCUUAACCCCCCCUCCCAUUUCUACCCACAACUGCAAAGAAGUGGAUAAAACAAAAGCAGUCACUAAUUUGGCUCAGCUGGUGUUCUGAUGUGUGAAUUCUUUAGGUGGCAUUUUAAAUGUGCGAGCAGCAACAAUGGGGCAUUUUUCUUUUUCUUUUGUCAGAACCGAUACAGAGCAGAUUUGAACUGGAUGAAAGGCGUCGGAUGGAUCGCCACUGGGUCAUUAAAUGUGAAGCAAGCUAAGAAGGCAGGAGAACUCAUUAGUGAGGUGAGAUUUCAUGACAGCACAUAACAAAACUUGCCGCAUAAUGCGUGCAAAAUGUCUGUAUAAAAUUAAAAUAAUUUCCACUCAAAGGGGGAAAAGAGAAAGGCAUCCCACAUGAAAGCCCUCAAAACCAGGAAUAGGACUCGUAAUUAGAGGGAAGCCAGAUACCAAACACAAAACAGUAGGAGUCCAUAUAGCCUUUGCAAAAACAAAGUAGGUGACAAAUGAUAUCAUGAAUAAUAAUGACAAUCAAACAAUGCUCAAUUGCUACCCCACUAGCUUAGGUUUUUUAAUGAAGUGAAUCAAGAAAAAGCCAUAUAAGGUGUACUUAUAGGCACAGAGAACCUACUUUUAACCAGGUCUCUCUCUCUCUCUCUCUCUCUCUCUCUCUCUCUCACACACACACACACACACACACACACACACUCUCCCAACAAAGAGCAACAAUGCAGCUUGGUGAUGAUUUUGAACACAUUUAAACUGCAUCAUCCACAGUUAGAACCUCUGAGAUUCUAAAGGGUACCAUCACUGACAAUUAUAUUAAUUAUGCUAAGAAGGCCUUUAUGCACACUCAGAUUGAAUACAGAGAGGUGAAGAUGGUACAAUAAGAAGUAUAUAAAUGUCUCAGUCUGAACAUAGGUCUUGUAGGAAGUUUUUAGUGCUUUAGCCAUGGUGGCGCAAAAGAAAUGAAAGUGUACGUUCAAAAUGCAUAUGCCACAGAUAGGAAUCAGAGCCUCUGUCAUACCCACUUGAGUUCAACUCUCUGAAAAUAUUGUUCGUUACUGGCUUCAGUUUCCCAUGAAAGCAUGCCCCUUGCAUCUUCCCUUCAUGUAGCGCUUCUUUUACAAGGACAUUGCAUUUUCAACACCUGAAUGACAGCUCCUGGGAAAUAUUGCUGUUUUGCCUCCUAUUGUUGAAUUAUUUUGCCUCCAGAAGACCCUGUUAAUACAAAAUGCUGUUUUGUGUUUCAGGCCAUUUGAAAAAGAUUUUCCAGUCGUGGGACCUUGGGUAUUUUAGUAGGCGUAGAUCAUCUUGAAAUAUUUUCCUUAAAUUUAAGUGAGAUUUCUUUUAAGGAUUAAUAGGUAAAGGUUAUUGUUAAAUGGAAACAAAUAUUAAUCUGAAAGUUCCUAGGAGAUGAAGCUAAGGAAAGAGGAAUAAUAAUUAUGUUCACAAAUUCACUCUAAUCUCAAGCAACCUAUGAUUUUUUUUCUUUCAAAUAGCAUGAAAGAGCAGCACAAAAUUCACAGCUUUGAUCUUUUUCUGCUCAACAGACGAAGUACCGUCAGCAUCCAUAUGCUUUGAAGUUUACCAGUAUUAAAGACACUCCUGAGAUGAUCCAGGCUAGAAUUAGUUAUAACCAGGCUGUGGAUGUAAGUUAUAAUGUAUAUACAUUAUGAUUAUAAGAGUGGUAUCCUCUUUGAACGACCUCAUUGAAACACAGGCUUUCUUUUUCACUCCCUGUCACUGAGAUCAUUCCUAGGAACCAAGAAAUUUGUGUUCUAAUCAGAUGAACCUUACAAAGGCCACUUUUAAUCAGAAUGGAAACCUUCCAUUCUCCACAGAGCCCAGUGGAAACCCUUGUAUAGAACAUUUAACAUAAAUGAACUUUUGUACAGAUGCAUUUUCAACUGUAUUUUGACUGAUAAAAUUUUAUAUCCGUGAAUUAGAAUAUUUGCAAUCUGUAAUUGGACCAGUGCCGUAUUGUUUUCUUUUGGGAGGUUCCAAAUUUAAACCAAAAAAUCUGAAUGAAUAAUAUUCUCAAACUGGGUAUUGAAAAAUUCAUUCCAGCAGUCAAGGUCACACUCAUUCAAGUCAAUGAGAAUGGGAUCCAAGAAGUUCCCUUGCACUAAUGGACAGACUUUUGAUUCAUCAGAGGUAUUGGCUAAUGAAGGGGUGGUGAUAUCUAUGGAUUCCCCCAUGUGGCCUCUCAUUCCACCUUCCAUCCUGUUCUAGAGGGUUCACCAACUAUCUGAAGGCAUUUUUCAGGGGAAGUUGGGUUCUGAAUGGGGAAGAGGACUCUACCAACAUCUUCUCUAUUCCUCUUCCAAUAGUCAUUUGGUGGGUACCACUGCUGGAUCAAAAGCCUUUCUGUGAGUGCAAGGGCACCAAGUGGAUUCCACCCUGUGAAAAUGUGUGGUCUGCUUCAUAGAGAAUUAUUCCCAUGCGGUCAUAGGCACGGCCAUGCCUGAGGACAAUUGCAUGUUGGGAAAUGCCUUAUCUUGUAGUAUUAAACACCACUACUGUGUUACUUAUUUAAUAAUUUAUUUAAUAUGGGCGGGGUAUAAAUAAUAAUAAUAAUAAUAAUAAUAAUAAUAAUAAUAAUAAUAAUUUGUAUUUUGCAGAGGAUAUAUAAGGAACACGGAGAGAAUGUAAAACAUCAUUACACCCAAACGGCAGAACUUCCUGAGAUCUUUCAAGCUAAACAAAAUGCUGUGAAUAUCAGUGAGGUGAGAUUUCAUUUUGUGCCGUGUCUUGCGGUGACACUUUCAAUAGCAUAUUGUUCUUGGAGACUUCUUUACACUCAUCAUAGCUGGAAUUGAUAACAAUGCAUUUAGAUUUCUGCAUCCUGAGGGUGAUCAUGUUAAGACUAUCUCAGCCCGCAUGCAAGGACUGUCAUUGAAGCAUUAUCCCCUGCCCACAUGCCUUAGUUUCCUCCUUUACUUUUAGGAAAGGCAGCAUAGGAUUGUGUUAUAGGUUGUGUGACUUGGUCUAAAAAGACUUGCUAGGAAGAUGCAGAAGAGCUCAGGAACUAGGGCUGAGGUGAAAACUGCUGAAAAAAGAAUUUUGUCAAUCUUCAUGUGAGUCAGAGAAUAAAUGCUGGUCCCUAAAUGGGGUGGGGUAUAGUGUAAAAAUUUGCUGACAGGUUCAUAGAGAGAGGGAUUACUUCAUUUUCUUUAUAUGCAGCAGCAGUGACUGGCCACCAUUUUCUUUAUGUCAGGAUGCUUCUGGUACAGCAUCAGUCUGGGCCAUUGUGGGGAGGGAAAUGGCAGCUGACACAAACAUUUGUGCUCCCAUAUGAACACUGGCAAUUACCAUUUCCGUUAGUGUCUGGCUGCCAUUCCCCCCCACCCCCAAGAUGCCUUGGAACAGUACUGCAUCUGAUGUAUUUUGUUUAAGAAAACAUCCAUAUUAUUGCCACUGCCUCUGGUGGUAGCAGCGAAAUGAAGCACGAAAGAAAAAGCAACCGCCACUGCUGAAGGCAAGUGCUCUCAAAAUAUGGCCUCCCAGUGUUGCUGCCUGCAGAUGGAGUCAUGAAAUCAUAACUCGGUGGGUUGUAUCCCUGAUUUUUCCGUUUAAACUUACUGGAUUAAAUCCAGACCACAACAUAGUUGGACUUGGGUUCCCAUAGAAACCAGUAGAGCUUAAGGCAUUUGCCCUAUUGAUUUCAUUGUAACCUUAGUUCAAAUAACUGGGGUUGGAUCCAGCACACUGUCAACAGUGAAGUGCAGCAUUGGAAGAGAGCUGUGACCCAAGAUGAGCCUAAAGGUAUAUUUGCCAAAACUAGGAACAAGGGAAUUAAUGCAGGUUUCUUUCUCGGCGUAGGUUCAUGCAUAUGAUUGGGGAGAGAGCUUCAAACUGUUCCCAUUUACUGUCUUAAAACAGAUUUGCUACAAGGAAUCCUGGAAGAAGAUGCAAGAUGGGGGUUAUAAACUGAAACUGGAUGCCAUUCCUUUCCAGACAGCAAAGGCUUCCACUGAGAUUAUAAGUGAUGUAAGUUGAUUUAAUAGCAAUAUUGACUAGUACAAAAUGGGAGAUCUUAGCUGAUAAAAUUCUCCAGGGGGCAAUUGGCAUGGACAGUGGUAAAGCAGAAAGAAAGCCUGUGUUUUAUGUUUGAAGAGAAAAUACAACCAGCUCUUGAUGAUCUCUACAAAUUGUGUGACUGGACUAAAAAAGCAGACAUAAUUCAGUGUUAAGUAAGUGUAUCCUGAUGUAUGUUAGGUACAUAAUGAUAAAUUUGUGUUUUCCUGAGUUUAAUACUUACUUGAAAUAUUUCUUUACCGUCCUUCAUGAUCAAAUUCGCAUUAACAAAUUGGCUACAAUUAAACUGGGGAAAAAUCCUGGGGUUUAGUGAAAAUAGGACCCUAAUGUGCAGUGGUGUAGCAAAGCCGAAUGGAACAUUAACAAGGGUCUUGGGCAGGCUAGAAAAUAAAGCAGCAUAUAACCUGCAUCCUUCCUUAGCUCAAGAGCUGUAAGAUCAACACAGAAAAGUAUUUUUGCUACCAUGCUUUGAAAUAAUCAUAUCCCUUGAGUCAAAAAUAAUGUUAAAGAAGUCCUGAAUGGAGAAGCCUUUUCUCUUAUGGCCUGUUGGGAUAAAAGAACUCUUGGGUUUUAUUAAAUAAUAAAUAUAUAUCUUUAAAUAAAAUUAUUUUAUUAAAUGUAUAACAAACGCAACCAACAGAGUAUUCUGAAAAUUCAACAAAAGAGAAAAAAACAACAAUUGAGCAUGGUCAGGUAUAAGGUAUUGAUGCAAAAGAUAUAAAGAAAAAUAUAACAAGACACUUGUACAAAAGAGGCAAUUCAGCAGUAUUCCAAGAUAAGACAUAAACAGCAGAUCAAAAACUCAUGUAAUCAAAAGUAGUGCCAUAUGAUACUGUAUUUGGUUGGAAUUCAAAUACAGUCAUACCUUGAGUUACAGACGCUUCGGGUUGUGCACCGGGCUGAACCUGGAAGUAUCAGAACUGGUUACUUCCUGGUUUCGGCACUUGCGCAUGCACAGAAGCACCGAAUCGUGACCCGCAUGUGCACAGACGCGUCGCUGCGGGUUGCGAAUGUGCUUCCUGCACGGAUCACGUUUGCAACCCAAGCGUCCACUGUAUAUGAAUUCAUUGUGCCUGAAACCAGGUAGCACAUUGGUUUUUUUAAAUGUUCCUUCUGCAGAUUCUGCUGAAAUUAUAUCCCUCUUCAGAAAUGACAAACCUACAUUCAUUCGAUGCCCGAGUGCGAAUGAAGGCUGCGCCAACUAGCUUGGCCCACCAGAGAUUGCUGCGCAUGCAGUGCAAACAUUUGCAGUAGAGAAGCCUUUCACAUGUACAGCUGUAUAUACUAAGGUUUCCGUGGCAUCUGGAACCACAGUCAAGAAAAGGUCUAGAUUGCAAGGAGCCUGAGCAAGUCUGUGUGAUGAGUUCCCUGCUACAGACAUUCCUACUAAAGGCAUGGAUGCCAGGGGGCAGGGCACAGGCUAGUUGGCACAGCUCCACUCCCUACAUUGAUUGAAUUGGCAGGUGUCAUUUUUAAUGAGGGCCUCUCUCUUAGCGAAACAAAGUUUCUUCUAUUUAGUAGAUAUAAACUGAAAUUUCAAACUCCCCAUCCUCUUUUUUUAAAGCAGACUAUGCCUAUUUUAAUGCAGGUUUGGAUCUUUAUUUAAAAUACUUGCUGGCUGAGAAGACGAGAAAAAGUAAUGCUGUAGUGGCCAGUAUGUUUCUGUAAAUCCUCAUGCCCUUGCUUCAUCUUUCCUCAGUACAAAUACAAGGAAGCAUUUGAGAAAAUGAAAGGACAGAUGAUUGGCUCCUGUGGCUUGGAAGAUAUUAACAUUUCUCAUUCUGUGCAUGCAGCUUUGCUGCAGAGUGAUGUGAGUAUCACAGGGCAUGGAAGAUGAACCUAGAAUAAACAUAAACAGAUGGCCUUUGAUAGGUACUUUGAAUGAUGGAGCACUUCCUUUUGAGUUGACAGUACUCUCACAACAGCAGCACAAUUUGUUUAUCCAUAUUGGGCAGGACUCACCUAAGGAGUCCCAUCAGUGGAAGCUGGUGCAAGAGGGCUUCCCUCCCAUGGGCAGGCACUAAAACCCAGACUUAACAAUGGCUAUGGGAGAUAAGAAGCAGCCUGCAGGCUUAUAAAUGUCUUCUUGCUCCCCUUGCACGGUCAAACUCUUACCUGCUCCUUCGAACCAUCCCCAGUUCCUUUUCAGAGCAAUUGAUGGUAUAUCAUUAUAUCUGAAAUUGGGUUAACUGUGUUGGUGAGGCUCGUUAGACAACAACGAGAAACUGAGCCUUUAGUGUCAUUGGAACAACCCGCCAAUAGGGAUUCAGCAGGUGCCAACUUUAAAAUGCCUGGUGAAAACUUUUCUAUUCCUCCAGGCCUGUCAAUGCAGGCUCUUGAGAGUACACUGCCUGCCCCACCCCAAUGGUCUAUUGAUGCUUGUUUUUAAUCUAUUUUUAACUUUUUAUGAUUUUAUUCUUUGGUCUUAUGUUUUUAUCCUGUUAAAAACCACUGUGAUGUGAUAUAUAUAUUGGUAUAUGUACAUAUUUUUUAUAAAUAUAAUAAAUAAAUACACACUAGCCACACCUGACAUUUCUGAUUUCCUAACCAUCUCACUGUCACCAUCCAGAGGUCUGUAUAAUGUGCACACUGCACAAUAGGCACUAUAGAAUGAGGCUGCCUGAGUUUUCUUUGCUGUUCCAUGUAUGUGUUGUAAGCAAAUAAAUUCAAUAGAGUGUUAAGCAGGUUUGGGUUUAAACCAUGGCGUUGAAAUAACAGUAUUUCUUCCUUCUUUUCCCCCCUUCCCUAGGUAAAUUACAGGAAAGCUUUUGGCCUUCAGAAGUCUCAGUUCCGCCUGCCCUUAGACAUGGUGAAUCUGGUACAUGCCAAAAAAGCCCAGUCUUUGGUCAGUGAUCAGGAAUACAGACAGUGGCUUCAUGAUUAUACUUCUCUGUCUGAAGAUGUUAGGCUGAGGUGUGCCAAGAAUGCUUAUAAAUUGCAGAGUGAGGUAAAUGAAGUUAUUCUUGAAGCCUUUAACAUUGGGGUGGGGUGGGGACUGCGACACUGUGGUUUUAUGCUUUGUCUGUCUCUCAGUAUCAGUGACCAGAAAUGGUUUUUAUUGCACAGUUUCACUUUAAUGGUCUUUCCAUCUGAAAUUAGGAGGUAAAAACGGCAAUAAUCUACAAUUUUCUUUUAGACUAUUUAUAUUGAGCUUCUCUUCCUCUCUUUCCCUCCCCCCAUCUCUCUGUAAUAGAUAUAAGUAUGUACAAAGUAAACACAUGAACACAGAAUCUGAAAAUAUAAUUCCAAUAUGCUCGAAUGAUACAGACGUCUUGAGUAGCAGAUGUUACUUCUAACGAAUGCAUUCAGAUGGCUAUAUUGCCUCUCCUAUUCCACGUUGCAAAUUACUUUUGAUUGGUUUCCCAUAGAAUUUAUACAGGUCUGACUUGAACUUUAUGAGAGGAGUUGGCUGUAUUACACCAGGGGCCUUAGAGAUUGAAGCAAAGAAGAAAGCUUCUGAACUCAUCAGCGAGGUAACAAAAGAGGGUUUUGAUUUUUUCACUACAAACAAGAGUUUGCCAGAUGUAUGUGUAAAACUGGGCUGGCAAAGUAACUCCCUGGAUUAAGGGUGGGCUCCCUUCCUCACCCUCCCUCUUUAUUUGAUCACUCAAUUCAUGUCCUGGGUGAACUCAGUGGAGUUCAAGGUUUUUCAGACCUUGCUAACUACUUUCACAAACUUUCUAUUCUGUAAUCAGGACCCAAGUGGUUGGUACAUUAGGGCGAACCUUUAUAGAAGGAAAUGUUCCUUUCCAGAUGAAAGAGAGGCUGUGUUCUGUUAUUAGACACAGAAUCACAUUUCUUAAAACCCAGGUGGCUCCAUAUAAGUGGCCUGGAGAGAGAAUUUCUCCUUCUCCCCAUCUCUUUUUCUUUUUCUUUAUUAACUCUCAUCACAUCUAGUUUGGCCCUAAGUUUGUCUCCAAUGAUCACAUAUGUCUCUUUUGUUUCUGGGACUUCUUUCUUUUGCAGAGCACACACACACACACACACACACACACACACACAAGUUCAAGCUUCGCACGAACCUCGUUGAAGAGCAAAAUUCCCAUUGGUUUUAGCUGAGCUAUAUUAUACUUCUGGUCAGGAAUUUCCUUACGUUUCCCUCUUUGCUGUUACCUGCCAUCAUUUUCUGCCUGGGCUCACAAGUCAUAUCUCUGUGACGUAGUCCUAACUUCACUGAAACCAAGUUCCUCAUUGCAUUCUCAAAAAAACUGAUAAUUGUAAUAAAAGCCAGAAUUUCUUCUUUUCAGAAUAAAAGUGCCCAGAUUUAAAAAUCUAAAACAAAACACAAAAAGUACUGCUAGCAAAAUGCCCUUCAUAAGCCCAUUGCACCCUAUUGGCCAUGGGCUUACCAGUACACAUGGUCUUACUAGUACACAGUGGGAAAUAGUGUAUUUCUAUUUCUGCAUUGCCAUUCUCUAUUCCUUUGGUGGACUAUGAACCAACAUUCCUGGUGACUCAGGCUGAAAUGUAACUCACAACAUAAAACAUUAUUCUCACAUUGAAACUCUACCCUGGCCCAGGUAGCUUGCACGUGAGCAGUUUGUAUUUAUUUUUAUUUAAUUAAUUACCCAUUCAAUUUUUUUUUUAAAAAAAUCACCCUACAUCCUAACAGAUUCCAGAGCAAUGCACAAUACAAGAUAGUUAAAGUAGUCCCUACCAUUUUAGCACAUUUUUUUAAUAUCCCAGAAGCUAAAAAUGCCUGCUUCUUUCCAUAUAUAUCUGCCAUAACCACUUUUCAGAGACAGGUCGCGAGCACACUUCUACAGUGGUACUGCCAACUGGUCCUUGCAUUUAUGGGGUCUCUGCCGAACUUAAUAAAUAGACAUGGAUCCAGCAGUGAGUUGGGAGCAUGGGAUUAAAUUGGCACAGAGGUCACCGAACCAAUCUUUUUUUGCUGACCCCAUUGUAAAGUCUAAAUCACCAGGAGCAUUAAAAAUACAAUGUCCUCAUCUCAAAAUGUAACUUAGCUUCUGCAUUCCUCUUCCUUUGUGUGUGAAUUCAGAGUAAAUACCGUCAGCAGCCGAAUUCCUUCAAGUACACAUCGGUGACAGACUCUCCUGGCCUCCUUCAUGCAAAAUUCAGCAAUAUGAUUGCUAAUGAGGUAGGCUCUGCUAACGUGGAUCAGAAAAUAUGCUGUUUAAAAUGCAAUGAGCUGAGGAGGGAGUAGGGAAGCAGGCUCUGAGAAAUAUAAUACAUCAAAAGGAGAGAAGAAGGCAUCAUCGAUUUAUCCUUUAGCAUAGUUAGAUCAUUUUUUAUUAUUCCUGGACAAACAUUUAGUAUCAUUUUGUCAAUCAGAUUUGCUCCUUUAAAACAAAACAGCGGCAAAAAUAAAAUAAAAAUCAGAGCAGCCAUUUGAUAUGAAUUCAUGCAACUGGCUUUCUUUUUGUAGUUGAAAGCAGCCAUAAUGCAAAGAAAUGCAAAGAAGGAGCACACAAGGCGGACAGUCUUCGUGAUGGUUAAUGUGUGAGGUGCUGAAUAAUUCGUUCAGGAACCCACUUAAUGCACCUGAGGCCAAGAAUCUUGUUUCUGAUUUUUCAAAAACAUACAGAUGGCCUUGCAAAUUCAUUAUGCCAUUACAAAAAAGAGGGGGGUGGAAUCACAUUUGGGAGCGGACAUGCUCCAAACUGUGAACUUCCUUUUUUAAGAAAAUGUUCAUGGCAUUUUUCACAGCAAUAUUGAAUGUUCCUAGAGAUGUCAUCAAAUAAGGCUCUUAAGAGUUAACGGGAUGUUACCCGUUAACAUCCUCUGCCAUCAGAGCUCUAUUUAUUAUUGCCAGUCUGAAGCUGGCUCAUACCAGUGUUUGACAUAAGUCAGCCUUGCUUUGGUAGGUUUGUAGCCCUUAGCAACUCAUUUUGUGGCAUCAGUUAGACUAGUUAAUUAAAGCAUUUUGAUGGACUACAAUAGUGCCCCAGAUUGCUUCCAAUGCAAGUACCGCAUUUUUCGCUCUACAAGACACAGCCGACCAUAAGACGCACCUAGUUUUAGAGGGGGAGAACAAGAACAAAAAAUUCUCUCCCUUUCUGUGCAGCACCCCUAAAGCGAAGCGGCAGGAUAAGUGGAGCCACUUCCAUUUCUCCUCCCGCUUUGCUGAAGGGGCGCUGUGCAGAGAAGAAAAGCUGCACAGCGCCCUCCAGCGAAGCGAAGCCAGGAGAGCAAGAGGGGUCGGUGCGCACCACCCCCUCUUGCUCUCCUGGCUUCAGCGAAAGCAACGGGAAGCGCUCCGGAGGCUUCCCGUUGCUUUCGCUGAAGCCAUGGAGCCUGCAUUCGCUCCAUAAGACGCACACACAUUUCCCCUUACUUUUUUGGAGGGGAAAAGUGCGUCUUAUAGAGCAAAAAAUACGGUACUUCUAUCAGCAGCAGAAGUCAUAUUGGAUUGUGUGCGGGAACUGCUGGUAAGCUGUCCACUCUGCGUGAGAGAAAAGCAAGCAUGCCUCUUUUAUCAGAGUGCCAACCUUAACUGGGCUAUAUAGCUUUUUAGAUCAUUUGUCAUGCACUAUUGAACCCUGUGUUUCUUAAAAAACACUUCUUCUUUUACCUUUUUAAAGCUAUGGUUUUACCUGUGAAUGUUUAUAGGGAUGGGUGUAUGCAAUCAUUUAUCCUGGGGUAGACAACUUAGUUCCCUCCAACUGCUCUUGGACUCUCAUCAACUGUCCAGUUGGCCAUGCUGGCUGGGCUGAUGGGAGUUGGGCUCCAAAAACAUCCAGCUGACUAAUAUGCACCCUCUGUGGCUAGGCUUUUUUCAGGCAAAACAAUUUUACGUUGAAACAUUCAACUCUGCAAGACUGCAGUUCUGUACAUAGACAUCUGAGAGUAAGUCCCAUUGAACUUAAUGGGACUUGCUUCUGAGUAGAUGCGUACAGAGCUGCACUGUUGGACAUUUUCUCAGAAAAAGAAAGAAUUCCAGUAUGCUAGUAUAAAUGUAUUCAUUCAUUUUCAUUUAAAUCUAUCCCAGCGCCUCUACAAGGCAGCAGGGGAGGACACUUUGCAUCAGUGCACCGUGACUUUGGGCCUGCCUGAAUUUGAAAGGGCGAGAACAAAUGCUAUCAAUCUCAGUGAGGUAAGUGCUUGGAUCUAUGCUAUCCUACCCCUCUUUUGCCCUGAAAUCAUUGGGCAUCCCUCCUAUUGUAGGCGUGAUAAGUGUACAACCACAAGGACUGUAUUUUGCAACCUUGAAGAACUGCUCAAGUUGAUUACUUGUUUAUUAAGACUUUUCAAGGCGGUAAGAUAUUACCUUGCCAUCUGGCUGAAACAUAUGAAUUGCAUUUUAUAUUUGCUGCUGAAUUUGUAUUUUUCAGUAUUGGAUGGAUCUAGGAGGGUGUUGUUGCUUUCAUCUGUGGUUUUUUCACAUUCUCAUAUGCACUUUCAUAUGGAAACCGUAAUUAAUUUGUGUUGGUGGUGGUGCUGAGUUCUGCAAAUGAUUUUUGCUUUGUCGGGUAAACAAAUGGUGACUUUUAGAGUGUUGGGACUGUGACCUGGGAGACUAGGGUUCAAAUCCCCACUCAGCCAUGAAGCUCACCUUGGGCUAGUCACCAUCUCUUACACAGGGUUGUUGUGAGGAUGAAAUAGGGAGGUGGAGAACCAUGUAUACAACCUUGAGAUUCUUGGAACAUAAAGGUGGUAUAUAAAUGUAGUAAAUCAAUAAAUAUCUCCUGGUGUAAUGUGUGGCUAGAAAUUAAAGACUGCAUUGAUGAUAGUUUUUGUAAUUAUCUGAAAUAUGAUAUUGUAAUGAUAUUAUAAUUAGGAUAUGGUAUCAGUUAUUCUUUGAACUGGGUAUAGGGUGGUAUAUAAAUUCAAUAAAUAAUGAGUGCAGCAAUUUCAGAGUAUGUAAAUAAACUUGACAGGAGAAGAUGGAGACUGCACUAGCCAAAGGACAAGUAAGGAGAAAAGAAGGCAGGCUUUAUUUACUUACCGAAUAGCUUCCGGAUGAUAGAGAGGGUUAGUAGUACACCUCCAGUAUCUUCAAGAUCCAGUACAGGUCCGUGUUGUCAUAUUGGCUAUAUGGUUGCUAAGAAUUCUCUUUGUGAUGCCCAACCCAAACCCCAGCUGUGGAGGCAUAAUCCCCAUACCAGCACGUAAUGCAGCUCAAUAAUUCAGAACAAUUAGAUUCCCUCCUGGCCCCUUCCCCUGAUUCAGGUCCCACCUUUAUGGUUGUGAGGAACUGGCAUGAUGUGCAGGGGUCCUUGCAUUAAAAAGCUGGCCAUGGCUUCCUCACUUGCCCUGUGUCAAGCCUUUGCUUGAGUCGUCAUUGCUUACAGAGCCAUUGGCACUUAUCAUUCUGCAUACAUGCUGCAAGGACAAUACCAUGCCCAAAUGGUUGUCAUUUUUUAAUUGCAUUGUUGUGACUGUAUUUGCUUUGACUGGGGCUUCCUACAAUAGGGUAAAAAAAGAAAAGAAAAACAAAAUCUAGACGUGCUUGCUAACUCUAUACAACAACCAAGAGAAGGUUUCUUCUGUCAAUUUACUUGCACUUUAAAAUUUAAAGUUGCCAUUUCCACUUUAGGCAAAAUACAGGGAGUCUUGGCAUAAUCUCCGCGCUCAAGGCUACAAGCUGACAAUGGAAGCAAUCCCUUUCCAGACUGCCAAGGCCUCAAGAGAAAUUGCCAGUGAUGUGAGUUGAAUUAUGCAGCCUUCCAUCUUGCCCGAUUUUUGUUAACUUCAUGUAAUACAUCGUCUAAAGCAGAUUAUACCGAAUUAAAGCAGCACCAUAAUCAUGUGAGACAAGGAUGUGAGACAGAAUAUAUUAGUUAUGAAUGAGAUUCUUUGUGUGAAUUAAAAAAAAAAAAAGAGUCACUGUUAAUCAGAAGCCAAGGCAUGCGGAAGAUCUUGCGAUGGGAAUUGGAGAAGGAAAAAGUAUCUCUGGAUACUCAGUUCCAAUUUAUCCAAAGUAUCCAAAAUACUACCUGUCUAUGCAAAUAUUUAAUCCAUUCCUUUGUUUCCUUGAAUAGUCCACCAAAGCAAUUAGGGGCAACGAAAGAAAAAUAAAGUUAAGCAUGCAUGAAAGGGCUCAGAGUAUUGGUGUAUCCAUUCGGAUGUCUUUCUGCAUUCAUUUUAUACCAAUGAAUUUAGAGAUACUAAGCAGCCAAAGGUAAUUCUCAACUUUUCUGAAAAAUCUCUUAGAAAAUCAAGCAUUUAGGCUGCACCCAAACAGUGGUACAUCUAGAUGACUUUAGACUCUGCGCUUAAGGGUCUUGCAUGGGGGUUGGGGUUUUUAGAUGACCAUGUGUAUUACCUCAGUUGUGAAGCACACAAUUAACAUUUCUCUUCUCCCCCUCCACACAUUGAAGCCCAUGCCUCACAACUCCUGAUACAUUACAGUAAAAUACCAAACAAAAUAUAAAGAUAUAUUCUGAGCAUUUUUGCAUUAAAAAAACCCCUGUCUUAAAUCAUAUCACUGCCAUGACUGCAGACAUAAAAUCGUAUUAGCUUCUCCCUUCCUGAUGCUGCUUGUAUUUGGGAACGAGCACCAUUUUGUUAUAAGAAAAGAUUCGUAAUAUCGUUUAAACUAAAAAUAUUAAAAUGAGACUCUUUAAUCAUGUCCAUGCCUGACUGGAUGUCACCUGAGUAUAAAAAGUUAUAUAUAAAAAUACAAAUAGAAGUUGCUCUGGUGGGCCCUGCAUGCCUAUGCCAGCCUAGGUGCUGAUGCUGAACUGUCUCUGUCAUCCACAAUAGCCCUGAGGUUCAGUCCUACCUGGGCUGAGCAACACCAGAAGUUGUGUGCAUACACAGGACUGCCAGGUUUGAGCCCAUUGCUGCUGCCAAAGUCCAAUGGAAAACUUGUUUGUUGAGAGAACUCCGUAAGAAUGUUAGACUCUGUCUGUUGACUCUCGAACUGUUGUCUCACUGUAGGGAAAGUUACAUCCAGUCCUGGCUGUUCCAUGUUUAUCUAAAGAUGGUAUGUCCCAUAUUGCCCAAUCCAUCCGUUAAAAGAAUUAGUGUUUUGGCUGCAGCGAUACCACUUUCACUAAAACAUAGGGCACCCUGUCUAAUGAACAUAAUACCUCCUUAAUGCCAUGGUUGAUUUAUUAUUAUUAUUUUUUUAUGUUGCAGUGACAAUGGCCAUGCAGAAACAUGCAUACGCGAUCCAGCCUUAUAAGAGUGGCAAAACUCUUUCUUCUUCCAAAUAUUUUCUAAACUAUCCUUGCUUAGUUUUAGACCAUGUAAAGGGAAAAAAGUUCUGUUUCGGAAUAUGGUUGUUCAGAGCCAUGAAUGAAAGAUGCAACGGAAGGAAAGAUAGACCUGUAAUGUGAAUUGCAUGUGUCUCUUGCGUUGAAUUUUACAUUGCUAAUUCUCUUUUCCAUCUCUGUCUGUCUCACAGUUACCUAGGCAUAAUACCUACUUUUAAAGGAUCUGAAAAGCAUGAAUGCCCGCUAAACAGCAUUUCCUUUCCUUUUGCAGCUUCAAUAUAAACAUAGCUUUGUUAAGGAGAGAGGGAAGCACAUAGGUGCCAAGAGCGUUUUGGAUGAUACCAACCUGCUGCACUGCUUGUAUGCUGCAAAGCUACAGAGUGAGCAAGAGUACAGGAAAGGAUCCCGAGGUACCAGUUCUCAGUACCACCUGCCUUUGGACAUGGUGAACCUGGUCCAUGCCAGGAAGGCCCAGAACCUAGCGAGUGACCAGGAUUACAGGAAGAGGCUGCACGAAUAUACAGUGCUCCCCGAGGACUUGAAGAUGAAGUGGGCCAAGAGAGCCCACCUGUUGCAGAGUGAGGUAAAGAAAGAUACUGUUUAGACCUUAAUAUAAAUAGUACUCACAAGGCGAUGGCCUGUUUGAUUUUGUGACUGUGAUUAGCUAAAAAAAGGGGGGGCACGGUGAACCGAUGCCGUGAGUGAGAAAGAAAGACAACUAUUUGCUUCAAAAAUGUGCCUGUCAAAUCCCACAUAUGCCUACAUGGCUUUCGGGAUUCUGUUGCUAAUUGAGCUCAGAAUGUGAUGAGGCGGCUAUUGUUCCAUUCAAAACCAAUCGCAGAAGCUUGUCUAGAUGAACAGUGGAAAUGCCAUUGAGAGGAACCUAGGCCUCAAUCAAAGCCCAAGCGUGUCUGCAACCUGUUUGCCUUACUUUACUAUAAGACUCAACUCUAUAUUGCAACAAAAGGCAACUUGAAAGAGCUCUGUAUGCUUUAUCUCUUCAAUGAAAGCCUCCGAGAAAACGGAAGAAUCCCUGUUGGAUUUUCCUCUAAGUGUAACAAAUGUACCAAUUGCCUUUGUUCUUUUCCUGAGGUGAGACAAAGGCAAUCUGCUGCAGAAACUGGGAGAUCCCAAACUAUAAAGCCACCCAUUAACAUGAGGUUUAGCUAUUGCAUUAAGAGGGGCUUCAGAAUUCUUUCUGCUCUGCUUUGAUAGAGACAUGGACUUUUACACUUGGAUAUUAACUACUAGACAGAAUAUUUAAAAAGGAUAUGCUGCCAACAGUUUAACUGUCCAAGUUUUGGCUUCAGGUCGCAGGUAGAGGGUGGGAUACACUUAAGGAGCCCCAUCAAUGGAAUUCUUGAGAAAGGGCUUCCUGGUAAUCUAUUGAAUCACAUUGUACAACAUCUAGCAUAUGGAUUAAGUUGUCACCCCAAUUUAUUUUAGCUUGCUGUAAAAUCUCCACUUUUAAUAAGAAGCAACCAAAAUAUUGUAAUCCAGCUGAGAAACCGAGUUACGAAUACUUGUGUUGGUUUUGCGCAAAAUAAUUUGCAUCCCCGAAUUGGUCCUUCCUUUUAAAAUAGCUUUGUACAGGUUUCAGUACCAACAGGUGGCAUCACUUCUUGCUUACGGUUAUGUUGAUUCAGUUGUGGGAGCUCCUUUUGUAUCUUGUAUAUGAUGCAUUAUUUAAUUCCAAAAGGAAUGGAUGAAUGCAAAGAAGCUAGGCUCAAUGAGAUGAUGUAUGCGUGGAAAAGACAAGACAAAAUUUUUAAUACAACUCGAGGAGUCAUCGCUAGGCCAAAAACAAAAAACAAAAUAAAAAUCUGACGAAGUCUAAGUUUGUUUUGUUUUUGUUUGACAGUUUCGCUACAAAUCAGACCUGAACUUCAUGAAGGGGGUUAGCUGGAUGGCUCUGAGAUCCCCUCAGAUAGAGAAUGUAAAGAAGGCUGGAGAACUCAUCAGUGAGGUACUGAUAAAUCUUUCAUGGGAUGGUACGUCUGUAGGAAUUGUUUACCAUCAAGGCUCCUUGUUACAUGACACUUAUGGAUGUAGCUUAGCAUUUCCUUUUGAUGUGAGAGCCUGUUUAUACAACGGUUGUACGUUACCAAAGAGCAGUACACAAGAUAGGAGUCCACCUGUGACAUCCUGCUGCAUAUUUUCUACCCUAAACAGGAGACUCUCAACAACAAAAACACAUAGCAAUAAAUAAAGACGGCAGAUUCGGCAAUGGAAUGCUAAGCAGCUGAUAACAUAGUUUUGAAAAUUGCAUACUUGAAACUGACAGCAAAGUCAGUGGAGAGUGAUUCUAUUGUGAUCAGCAUAACUUAUUAACAGAGAAAAUGUCCUAAAUGUGAAUUGGAGAUCUAACAGGGUGACAUUUUGGAUACAGAUUUCUGUUUGCCCCGUCAAAACUAUGUGUUUUUCUCUGUGCAUCACUGCCAUAACAUAUUGAAAUCAUUUUGGACAAUUGCACAGUAAAGACAAGCAUUGAAAACAACAUUUCCCCAUUUGUAUAUCUUUUUGACAAAACGAAACCCAUUGGGGAUCUCUGGAUAUAGCCAAAUUAUAUAUGCAUUUAUUUUGGGCAAGCUAUUUCAGCAGACACAUAGAUAGAACAAACCUUCUCUCAAUGUUUCUUAAAUGGUUUUUUAAAAAAUUCUAUACAAUAUGUAUUAAAACACACAUUUAUGUAUUAUUUCUACAUCUGCUGCCACACAUAUGAUAUAUUCUGUUUUUAACUCCGGUCUUUAUUGCAUGUUUUAUAUUCCACUUAUAGACAAAGUAUCGUCAGAAACCAGAUAGACUCAAGUUCACCACAGUGACUGACUCUCUGGACUUCCUCCAUGCUAAGAAUAGCUAUCUUCAGUGCAAUGAUGUAAGUUAAGCAUUUUUUAUGGUGUAGAGCAGUGGUUCCCAAACCUUAUUUUUCCAUGGACCACUUGAAAAUUGUUGAUGGUAUUGGCAGACCAUUUAAUUAUUAUUUUUCCCAUUGUUGCGAUUUAGGUGUGCUGUGCUAGAUGGUGAAUGAUUCUUAAUUGUAUUCUAUUGCUUCUUUUCCCCCUUUCAUUGUAUUUCAUCGAAUUACUGAUUACAUUCAAAUUGCAAUACAAUGAAAUACAGCAUAAGAAAUAAAAGCAGCAUUAAAAGUACAAUUAAAAAUCAGUGCAAAUACUUAUGGCAGGAUUUACCUUAUGAACCCUAUUAACAGAAGCCCUGUGCAAGGAGUUCCACUCCCGCAACAAAGCUUAGCUUUCCUCCCAUGUGCCCCCUGAAAUUGGCUCUGGGGGUUGGGGGUGGACAGAUCCCCCAGAAUGGUGCACAGGGGGAAGAAAUCGGGGGAUUUUUCCAUCUGGCAAACUGAACUGCUUGACAGGCGAAAUGAUUGGAAGAGCAUGAUAUUGAAAGUCAAGCAAUAUCUUGUCUUAGGUAAAGGACCCCUGACAGUUAAGUCCAGUUGCGAACGACUCUGGGGUUGCGGCGCUCAUCUCGCUUUACAGUCUGAGGGAGCCAGCGUUUGUCCGCAGACAGUUUUUCCGAGUCAUGUGGCCAACAUGACUAAGCCGCCUCUGGCGAAACCAGAGCAGUGCAUGGAAAUGCCAUUUACCUUCCCAACGGAGUGGUACCUAUUUAUCUACUUGCACUUUGUGCUUUCGAACUGCUAGGUUGGCAGGAGCUGGGACUGAGAAACGGGAGCUCCCCCCCAUCUCGAGGAUUCGAACCGCCGACCUUCCAAUCGGCAAGCCCCAGGCUUAGUGGUUUAGACCACAGCGCCACCCACGUCAUCUUGUCUUAAGGCACCUUUAAUAAGCAUAGGCAUAAUUUAAUAUUAAAUGCAUUGUGUGCUAUAGCUCUUGCUGGAAAUAGAUUUUUGUUAUCGUUAUAGAAAUUGUGAAAGUAACAAAUGUCAUUUGGUUUGUCAGAGGCUGUACCGAGCCGCACACUUGGAAUCCAUGCAUGAAUAUACUCUGCCUCCUGACCAUCCUGACUUCAUAAGGGCGCGUCUCAAUGCGCUCCAUCUCAGUGAUGUAAGUAAUAGAUCUUUUCAUUUUAGGGUGAUGGGUUUUGUGCAUGAACACAGCUACAAUUAGUUGUAUUUUGAUUUCAUAUGUACCAGGAAUACGUCCAGCCAUCACUUGUCCCAGUAAUUCCAGUUUGUAGAUAAUUUUCUUUUUAGCCUAGGUUGCAUUGUUUCGAAAUGGAAUAUAGACGUUUCAUGUGCAUUAAUUCGCAAUUUUAUUUCAUGCACAAAUUACAGUACUUUUAGAGGAAUUAUGUUUCAUUAAAUUACCUUAAAAGGUGCAUUUAGUCAGCUACUGGAAAUCAAAAUAGAAAGAGCAUUGUGCAUUGACAAACCUUUACUCUCCUGUUAGAAGAAAAGAAUGAGUGAGAUGUAUUGCUCAUGCAGUUAGAACUGUAUUGCCAUGCACAGAUGAAUGUCACAGUUGUAAGUCUGAUAUGUACCCUUUCUUCUCAAAACAUUCAAAUGGACCAGCAUGUAUCUGAACUGAAACAGCCAGGGAGAGCAUGGGGAGAUGGAAGAGUUGGGGGCCUCUCAUUAAAAAUGAAACUGUUUUUGGUAGAUAUACAAUUGGAUCAGAUGCCACACACAGAAAGCUGUUGAGAGAGACUGACCUUACAACACACACAAAAACCACAUUGGUAUUUGUAAAACUGCAAAGAUAGCUGUAAAUCAAAUGAAUGUAAUGUGUGAGGAUGAGUGCAAAAGCUGUGCAAACUGUGAUAAAGUAAAAGGAUGCAUGGGGUUUCAGAUCAAAGGACCCAUGUUACAGAAUGAUCUGCAACAGCAAGGCAAAAGCUUUGGCAGAUUAAAAAGAGAGAGAGGAAGAGGCAGGAAAGGGCUAGGACUUGCUGGUGGUUGCAAGACAGAAGCUCCCAUGGCAAGAGACACUCCAGAUUUGGACUUACGACACAGCUGAGGAGGAACCACGGCUCUUCCAGCCCACCUGAUUCCCUUCCACCCCAAAGGGCUUGCUACUCCAAAUUUUCAUACCCUGAUUAUUCUAAAUAAAUUUAAGAAUUUAUCUGGAUUUGCCCUUUAAAUAUGCUACCUGUGGUCAUUUUUUGAUGGAAUGCUUCCCAUAUUAUCUCAUCUGGGAUAAUUUUGGAUUCUACUGUCAUGAUCUGGGAGGAAAUAAUUCAAGAAUUUGAUCAGGUGCUUUAAGUAUGUUUAUCAGAAAUUGCAAGCCCACUAGGAAGUGUGGAUGCCCCAUUUUUUGCAUUUUCACUUUCCAUGGCUUCAGAGGUGCAUUUUUAUCUGUCUCAUAGUAAAUAAACAUUAUUUGGUCAGUAAGUAAUAUGAGUUGGAGGCCUGGGAUUAUUACUUACUAUCAUGUCGAGCAGUCGUUCCCAAACUAAUUUUCCCACAGACCGUUUAAAAAAUUGCUGGCAGACCACGUAAUGAUUUUUUUCUGCCUGUUGUAGCGAUUUGUACGUGCUGUGCUAGAUGCUGUAUGUUUUUUAAUUGGGUUUGUUUUUGUUUUUUCUUACAUUGUAUUUGAUUGUGUUACAACUUGCAUUCCAUAGAAUUCAAACUGCAAUACAAUAAAAUACCACGUAAGAAGUAAAAUAAGCAAUACAAAUACAAUCGAAAAUCAAUAUGUAUAUUUAAUGCAGACAUGCCAUGGGCCAUCUGAUUGAAGCCCACAGACCACCAAUGGUCCAUAGGCCACAGUUAGGGAACCGCUGUUUUAGAGAAUGUGCCCUAACCAAAGUCGACCCUCACCAAAGUAGGCUAUGUCUCUGCUCAUUCGCAUCCUUGCACCCAUGCACAAAAAUGUUUUAUUUCGCCUAAGCUGAAUGGCUAAACCUGAGAAACAUCUCUUGGGCAGGACAACGAUGCAUUAUCACAAUAACUUCAGACACUGUAAUAUAAACCCUUGGGAUUGAAAUGGGACAUGUUAUCUUCAAAAUUUGCAUCUUACUCAUAUAAAUCAUAUCCAAUAUUUUAUCCGGCAGCUCAUUAUUUUAGAUUAGUUGAUGAAACCAUCAGGGUAUGGAGCUAGCACAGAAAGCAUUAGAAGUGCUUGAAGUAACAAAAAGUGGAGACUUGUAGCACUGACAUUCCUACACUGCAAAACCCAAGAUGCUACUAGGAGAUGUUUCGAAAGACAGAAUAGGGGCAGUGUGUCGAUGCAAUAUUGAUGUGGCUGAUGCAUCAAAGUGUCUAACAGAAACCAAAUAAGCUGGAAUCAAUGUAGGCAUGAAAUGCAAAACAAAAUCUCAAUUUGGGUGUUUUUGACUCCCCACCAAUGAGACUCUAACCAAUGUACAAUAUUCUGUAGGUGGGACUGUUGAAGGGCUGCAGGGCAGUCAGAAAAUCUUAAAGGCCUGUAUGACUGGCCCAGACACAAAUGGUCCCAUUAGAAUCAAAUAUUUAUUACUAUAAGAACAAAAGACUUGUAAACUAAGGCAUCAUCUUUCUUAACUCCUUCCUGCAGAAACUUUAUAAAACAUCUUGGGAGGAGACACGGGCAGCUGGCUAUGAUUUCAGACUGGAUGCCAUCCCUUUCCAGACGGCUAAAGCUUCCAGAGACAUUGCCAGUGAUGUAUGUAUUCAAGAUUCAGUCUUAGGAUCCCAUUACAAGAUUAUUGGAAUGGCAGGCUCCUAUGCAACCCAUGACUUUUACUUUGCAGUUUAAAUGGAGACACUGGUAUCCAAAGACUUGAGGAACAUGCACUCAAGCUCUUUCAGGCCAAUCUGGAACUGCUAGAAAGCCAGAGUACAGUCCAGAUGAAUUUAGGCGCACAUACAUUUUGUUGAAUUAAUGAGCUUCAAGUUCUGAAGUCUCAUUGAUUUAAUGGAGCAUCAGUCAUGGGUCACAUUUUUUGAGCUGUGCAAGCUGCCUUCCACCAUUGGUUUCCAUUUCAUCCACAUGCUUGUUAAUGUAUUCAUCAUUAAGUAUGCUAUUGAUAAUAAAACUGUGUAUAUUCUGUAAAUCCAAUGACCAUUUCUUUCCAGUCAAAAAUUGCUCCAACAAGGCAGCUCUGCCCUCUGGAUGUAGAUGCUAGUACUCUGAUUUAGCAAAGUUAUAUGUCCACAUAGAAGUCACAGCUCUCUAUACAAAAAUACUACAAUAAGGGAAUAAAAAUUAUUUUUGUCUUUGUCUCACUACUCUGCAGUUCAAAUACAGAGAGGCCUUCCUGAGGGAUAGGGGGCAGCAGAUUGGAUUUCGCAAUGUGAAUGAUGACCCCAAAAUGAGGCACUUUCUCAAGAUGGGCUACCUCCAGAGUGACAACCAAUACAAGAGGGAUUUUGUCAGAAACAGAGCGCAGUUCAAGAGCCACAUUGACCAGCCAAGAUUUAUCCAUGCAAAGAAAAGUCAACAGUUGAUAAGUGACGUCAGUUACAGGCAGCACCUGCAUCAGUAUACCUGUGACCCAGAACAGCUGAACCUAAAGCAUGCUAAACAAGCACACAACCUCCAGAGUGAUGUAAGUGCAUUGAUCUAUAGGCUAGAGCAAGCAUCCCCAAACUCAGCCCUCCAGCUGUUUUGGGACUACAACUCCCAUCAUCUCUAGCUAACAGGACCAGUGGUCAGGGAUGAUGGGAAUUGUAGUCCCAAAACAACUGGAGGGCCGAGUUUGGGGAUGCCUGGCUAGAGUCUCGUUCCAGGGCUCUAUACUCUGUACCAAAACUUUGUCCUUGAAACAUCUGCAAAAUGCCCCCCUCUUUUUAAAAAAGAAUACCGUACCUUUUAAAGGGUUUGGCUAGUAGAAAAGAAAUGCUAAUGAAGGACCAAAACAUGCCAGUACGGAGUGAGUCAUUGCCCUGGAACAAUGCUGCUUCUAUGCAGUUUUGAUGAAAGGAAAUGGUGGUUCAUGAGCUACUGACAGCUUGUGGCAGGAAAAAAGUGGAAGUGGAGGGAGAAACAAAAGGGGAAGGCUAGUUAAGGGGGAAUAGCUGCUCUCCUACCUUGCAAUUUCCCACCACCUUGAAAAAAUUGAACAUCUCUUCCUUUCACUGCCUGCAAAGGGAGUUGUGAAGUGGUGAGACCAUUUGGUCUCAACCCUAGUAAGUAAUUUGAAAUUCUGGAGAAAAACGGAAAGAUAAAAUAGGUAUGCUUGUCCCAUUCUUCCUUGGAUUUCUAGUAGCCCUCAUAUGAUUUCUGAGGUUUUAGAAGUGACGUUCAGUUAAUAAUAAGGAAAGAAAUGUUGACAAACUGUGGAAAUGCACAGCCUUUUGUAUAUGCUGCCAUCCACUUCUUACUUUAUAAACAUCUCAUCAUUAUAGAAUUCUUAGUGUUUGAAAUAAAUGAAUCAAGUCCUGACAGUGAAGGAAACUGAAAGCUAAGGUGCUGUUGUAUGCAAUUUACUUCCCAUCUGAUUUGAAGUGUGUGCGGUUUAUUAAUUCCGUGAGGUUUGUGUAAUUGUUUUGCAGGUCAAGUACAAAUCUGAUUUGAACUGGAUCAGAGGCGUUGGCUGGACACCUCCAGGUUCCUACAAAGUGGAAAUGGCCAGGAGGGCUGCUGAGCUGGCGUAUGCUCAGGAACAGGAACCUCAAGGAACUUUGGAUCAGAACAAUCUGAAAACUGUACGUGAACGAAUAGCCCCUUUCCUUCUAAUCACCUAGGAUGCAGAAUCCCAAACAGAAGGCGGAGUGCUUGUUUCCCACUCUGUGUUAUAUAGAAAAGCAGUUUAGUGGUUCUGCUGUAAGAUUGCAGCAGAAAUAGACUGAAUGGCUCGUUUACCCUGAUGUCACCAAUUUUAUUUUAUUUUUUUCCACUCUAAAAAUAAGGCAACAAAUUAAUGGAUAAAGGACAUGUAGAGGGUCCUGCAAGCUUUAAAAAAGGCAGCCUGUUGAAUCAUGGCUGGAGGGACGAGACUUAGCUGGCAUACAACAUUUUAGUUGCAAAGCAAGACUCACGCAAUAGUUGAAGAAUUCAUUAUGUUUUUACAUCACACAAAUCUUCAUUCUGACAUGUGAAUAAGGCUUGCAGGUCUAGUGCUUGUUGCAAAGUCAGUUCCUGUGCAAUCCUGUACAAUCCUCCUGAGAGGUUUAAUGGGACUUACUGCUAGAUAAGUGCCUAUGGGAUGCAUCACACCCACAACCUUUUGGCUUCAAUACAAUGGUUCUUCCAAGCCUAAUUUCAGUGGGGAAGGGCAGUUUGCAGGUAACUGAGAAGCCCUUUGUGGACAUAUGUGCACGCACAGGUGCUGCAUUAGCAACACCUGAUCUGAAGCAUCUACAAGAAGCAUUUGAUACUCACAGAGGCAUUUGGAUGAGGAAGCUGGAGUAACCCAGAAGUUGCAUCUUCCCUAGAAGUAAGACCAUGUUGAAGCUAACAAACCUGUCCAACCCCCAGAAAGAUGGCAUUAGCAGAGCUUUAAUGUUUUGCCCGAUAAAGUACUGUUUCUUUUUAAUAAAUGGGAAUUCUGCAAAUUUGUCUUCGUAAGUAGCUCACAUUCAGUAUCUAUUUUGAUUGGCAGGAUCAGGCAGCUGGAGAAGGAUCCCAACAAGUGAGAGUCAAUCCUGAUGCCACAGAGAUCUUGCAAGUCAGGCGCAGAAAAAUGAUGUCAAGGAAUGAACUGAAACACAGACAUCAGCCUUAAGAAAAUGCAUAAUUUUUUUCAGCUUGCUGUGCAAGUAGAGCCCCCCCCCCCCCCGCAAGCAUAGGCUGCACCAAAGUGGUUGAAUUUGCUAAAAGAAAAAACAGUGAAACCCUAUGCAAAUAAUUUAAUAUUGUUCUUAUAUUUUUUUUUGCAUGUAAGUAAUUUUUAAGUGUAUGUUAUUAUGAAAUGUAGUAUUUAUUUCUGACAGCGAAUGAAAUUAGUACUAGAUGACUGGCAGGCUCAACUUUGUACUAAAAAUUAAUGAACAUGAUUUGUUGAAAUAAAAUUAUUUGUAUUGAAAAUAAAUAAGAGGAAUCACUUUCCAU